GCACCUGCUGCGCUGUGGGCUUUCCGCUCUUAAGAACAUCAGCGCCUGCGCCUCCUCGUGGAAUAGGCACACUGGCUCCGCCUAUUUCGAACCCCGCAAACCUUUGCCUAAGCCCCGCCUCACUUUGCAUCUUUGGCUCCACCUCUACCCAAUCUCUCUUCCUAAGUCAACAACUCCACAGCCUCGCCCACUCCCGCUGGCAAGCUCCGCCCUCGAGAGGCGCGCGGGCGCUCUUCGCAGCUUUUGCUCGCGCGCCUCUCUCCUUGCAACGCAGAAGAGGCGGCGGUAGCCACACCCCCGCCGCUUAAGCCCCGCCCUCCUCCUCGAGCGCCGCGGUCGCGGAGGCCCUGCCCCCUGCCCGCCCUUCGCGCGGGCGGGCCCCCGCCUUGUCCGCGCAGGCGCAGCCUCACCCUUGAGCGAGGUACCCCCUCAGAGAGGUUGUCCGAUCCGCCCCCCUCAGCCGCAGGACGGUGUGUGACAGACCCCGAGGGAGCGAGGAGGCGGCGGCGGCGCGCGUCGUUAAGUGUCGCGUCGUGCCCGCGCCUCACGCCCGCCCCCUCCGCCCUCUUUCCCUCACCCGCUCACCCCCCCCAGGUGUCAGGGGCAUCCGCCGCCGCCCCCUGCCAUGGUCCCCCGCCCGUCGCCCUGGAAGCAGGAGGAGCUGGGGCGGCGGCCGCCAUUGCCUGAGGGGGCUGCGAGGCGGCGAUGAGAGGAUGGACGCGGACGAGGUGACCAUCCGCGAGCAGAACUUCCACAGCCAAGUGCGGGAGUACACGGUGCGUAGCCGCCGGGAACCGAGGGCCCUUUCGGGGCUGCUGGCACCGCCUCCCUCGACGGCCCCCUCGCCCUCCCUCCGCAACCGCCCCCCACGGUUCUAACGUGUCGACCCCAUUUGCUCUGCCCCCAUCCCCCCCCUCACGAAGGCCCGCCUACACCGCCCCCGCGUGCGGGGAGACGGCGCUGCGCUCUCGCUUUGCAAGCGGCGCCGAGCGGGCUCGUGUGUUUUGCACCUGCGUUUUAUACGCCCGGGCAGUUAGUAGACGCUGCUGCUGCUGGUGCUGCUGUUUUUUAAAAAAGGACUUCCCUUGUGGUUAAGUUGCACCCUCCUCUCUCGCCUUCCGCAAGUCACGCUUCGCCUUUCAGUUUAAAGAAACUCUUCCACGUUUUUCCCUAUUUGUGUGCGUGUUGUCCCUACUGUCGCUGCUUAGGGACUAAAGCCAGGCUUUUAAGCAUUAUGUAGUACAGUAGUUGCGAAGGCAAAAAUGUAAUGAGACCAUUAACCGCGUUGCACUUUUGUGCAGCUUUGGAAGUGUGUGGUCAUAGUUUCUGUCUCCAAGGUGGAUUGGCUUGAAGAGUUUCUACACCUGAGCAGGGUGUCUAUUAUUAUUAUUAUUAAUAUUAUUAUUAAUAUUAUUAUUAGUUCUAUAAUUCUUUUGUUCCCACCAUAGGCAGAGGAGGUACAAUAAUAAAUAGCACUUUACCACCCUUUAGCAGAAUCAUUGUUCUUAAGAGUCUGGGAUGUCUCUGUAGACAGAGUUCUGGGUUUUGCUUAUGUCAGGUACUUGCUGUAAGUUGGUUUUAUGGUCUGUGACUUUAAAACAGCAUUGUGUUACUGUAUUUAUUACUUGCUGUAUAUAACACCGGGAUUCCUUUCAGGUGAAGAACAGUUUAGAAAUAUAAUAAAUACGUAAACAAACAUGUCUGAAAUAUAAUAAACAAACAAGGUAAUGUGGGUCAAAUGUGUUCAUGGGAUACUUUUGCACUCUAUUGGGUAUAAGUUAUGUGGGUCAAAUGUAUUCAUGGGACGCUCUUGCAGUGACCUUUCAUUUCAGCAUAUAAAGUGUUGACUGACUGACACUUAGUUCACGAAGAUCUUUUCACUUGGAAAAGCUUAUGCUUGUAUGACUGCCCACAGUAUGGGUAUACAGGGUAGAGAAAAAACCUUUACAGCCAGUAUAAGUGGUAUGUAUCAUACAUUCCUGCAGGAGAGUGUCUUCCUCAUUCUCAUAUAACCCUCUCCCCAAACACAGCCCAUACCAAGUACGGCAGCUGUAUUGACUGUAUCACACACACUGUAGCUGUACUCUCUAGUUCUGAUUCUCAGUACCCGUAAGUAUAUACUUACUGCUUGAUUGUAAUAAAACUUCUCAGUGGUUUCAUUAGUUUCGUUAGUACUAAUUUCUGAGUAAAAUUGAAGCAUUCAAAGUUCAGUCCAUCACCUUUUGCACAAGUGAUGUGUUUUUGAUGUAUCCAGCUAUCCACUGCUUUUACCUCCUGUGCUGAAUGUGGGAGUACAUUCUACAAAGAAGCUUAUGCCAUUCUGAUUUGCAUAUAAAGUGCUUCCUAGCUCCAGAUCAUAAUCCAAACCUUAACCCAAGCCUGGAAGUUUAUGGUGUCACCACAGCCCUUCUAUAAAUACCAUGUACUACUUUUGCAUAUCAUGUACUGAGCAGGUGUGCAGGAUUGUUGCAUAUACAGUAGUACCUUGGGUUACAGACACUUCAGGUUACAGACGUCGCUAACCCAGAAAUAGUACCUCGGGUUAAGAAGUUUGCUUCAGGAUGAGAACAGAAACUGUGCGGCGGCAGCAGGAGGCCCCAUUAGCUAAAGUGGUACCUCAGGUCAAGAACAGUUUCAGGUUACGAACGGGCCUCCAGAACGAAUUAAGUUCUUAACCCGAGGUACCACUGUAUUUCCAUCUUCUAGAACAGAUGGGAAGCCUCAGGCCUCGGGUGCAAAUGUGACCCUCCAGGCCUCAUUGUUUGGCCGCUGGGACUUUCCACAGGUCAUGCUCCUCAUCAGCUUUUUACUGACUGGAAUGUGUCCUUGAACUGGGAUAAUGUUUCUUAAUUGCCAGAGUAAAGUGUGGAGAGAUGUAUGUGCAUAAAGAAACACCCUACUUUUUGUGUGUGGUCAUGCCUAUUGUUCCACCCAGUUCUGUCUCUAGUCCCACCUAAACUGGCAUGCCACUCCCAUAAGGUUGCCAAUGGGGGAAUAUAGCCCUCAUGCUGAAAAAGAUUCCCCACACAUUUAUAGAUGAAUCUCUAGAGGUCAUGUUGUUUGCCAUUGACUCCCAUCAUCUUUUGGGGGAAAAAGUUGUACCUCACUUUGCCCCCAAAGGAGCUCAAAAAGUGCAUGGAUUCCCCACCCCACUAUACUUCAUAACAACCCUGUGAAGUAGGUUAGGGUAAUGGGUUUAAGGUUACCAAGUGAAUUUCAUGGCCGAAUCUUUCUAAUGCUGACACACACUGUUGAACCUGUGCCAGUCAAGUACAAGAGUACAUCAUUUGUCUAGCCUCUCCACAUCAGUCCUGUAUUAGCCAACUGCCUCGUACGUGCUAUGUACUUUGUGACUCUGUACCCACUAAUGUUUUGCUUUUCCCCACAUCAUACUAAAUACUAUUCUCACAGCAUUCUUCCCCAACCUGUUGUCCGCCUCCCCAGUUUUGCAUAGUUUCAUGCUGGGUACAUUCAGAGAUACAUAACUGUCUGUAUGGCCUCUUCGGAGUUGUCCACUUUGGUUCUAUAACAUCUCCCCACCCCCACAAAUACAAAAGUGAAUCUGCAUGUCUCCCCAUGAAGUGAUGUGCCAAUUUAAUACUGAAAAGUUGGAUGUGUGAGUAAAUUGUACUCCUGCUUAUUUAAUGCCUGAUGCCACCUUAAAUUGUUGUGCUGUAAGGCAUGCCCUCCAUCCCAUUAUUCAAUACCCCACAGUGUAAUAUUUUACAUUUCUCUCUCCUUCGGCUGAUUUUAAUGUUAGAUAAAGACAGUACUUAAAACCACCAUGUUGCUUUGUAAAUUCCAUAGGCAAGUAUGGGGUAGCUUGUUGCGUUCCUUCUUUCCUUACACACGUCUCUCACACUUUCUCCAGACUGAGCAUGGCAUGCAUCAGAAUGAGGGAAUAUGUGGUUAACACCUCAGUGUCACAGGACUACGUCAUCUCCUCUACACAAUACUUUUGGUAAUGGAUUUUAUAGUUGCUCAGCCUGUGUUAAAUGCUGUUCUUAACCAGAAAUAGAAUAUAUAGUCUUUCUCUAGGAAUGUUAUGGUAUACUUCCCCCAAACUGUGUUUUCAGUUUUGGCCUCUAAUUUUUUACUGAAAAAACUGUAACAGGUUAGAUAAAAUUAGUGUUCUUGGAAGCUUUUUGUAACCUGGCAUACUUCCUUAAUUGCUUUUUUACACUACACUAUUCCCGGAAUCAGGCUGGUUCCUGUGGCCUGGGACACAUUGUUCAUUUAAUGCAUGGAGAAUCCUGCCUUUCAGAGUAGGAGCAGACCAGAUUGUUCAGCUUGUUGGUUUUGAUUAUAGUGACCCUUCUUGUUUUGCUUGUUUUAUUAGAUCAAGGUGUGAACAACUGAGGGUCUGUUCUCAUUUCUGAGGAUUUGUUAUUUUCAGCUUUGGUCUUUUAUAAAACCUUUUUUUUCUCUUCAGUUGUAAGCUGAUAUUUUCAGUAAAGUGAAUUUUAAGCCCUUCUCAGAAAUUGCAGCCCACACAUAGCACAGCAACCCUUCUGUGUUGUGCAAAAGUUGCAUAAGAACUAAUACUUUAAGUUAGCCUUCUGCUUUUUUCGUAAUUCUCAGCGGUAUCUUUUUACUGUUGGUCCAAUUCUCCUGGUGCUAUGAACCUAGUUUGCAUUUUGAAUAGCUACAAAUUUAGUUUGUGAAAGUGGACUUGGCAGUCAUACCAUCCUUUUGCUCUUCAGACAGCACAAACGUACAACAAAAUUACCAAAGAAUAAUACAGUAGUCAGUUUCUUGUACCCAUGUCAUCAUGCCAUCUUUGUUUGGAUUCAGCUUCAGAUAGCUUGCCUCACCUAGUCCCUUGCUUCAUUGAGACUCUGAAUAAUAGAUUAAUCAGACUCAAAAUACAGAUAAACAUCAAACAAAUUGUAACAUUUUCUUAGCAAUAUAUGAGAAAAUGGACUUUCUGGAAGUGAAAUUGCACCAUGGGUACCUUCACUUCCUUUCUAUUGAAUUAUAAAACUCCAGUGUGGAAUUUCUUUUUAUAACAUCCUUUUCAGUCUUUGAAGUGAUAGCAUUCAGGGUAAAUGAUGGUUGAGAUGCACCAAAUAUGCCAACUUAGCAUUUUUAAAGGCUACAUGUUUAUAAAUAAUGCACGAUACAUUUUCCAGAAAUGAGAUGACUUGCAGUUUAGAAAGUUUGUUGACUGAUUCAUUGAGAUCACAACUCAAUGGAAAGAAAAGAGUUCUAGAAUUGUAGAGUUGGAAGGGAUCCUGAGGGUCAUCUAGUCCACCCCCUGCAAUGCAGGAAUCUCAACUUUGCAAUCCCCAUCCAACUGAAACCAUAUCAGACCCUACAUAGCUUUACAAAUGUGCCAGCAGCUUUAUUGCUUCAGUUUUAAUAUGUUGAUUGAUGGCCAGUGAUCAAAAGACAUAACUUUUCUGGUUGCCUUGCACCAGACUCCUAUGACCCUCUCAAUGCUAAAUGCAUAUACUGUGGUACCUCAGGUUAAGUACUUAAUUCAUUCUGGAGGUCUGUUCUUAACUUGAAACUGUUCUUAACCUGAAGCACCACUUUAGCUAAUGGGCCUCCUCCUGCUGCCGCGCUGCCGGAGCACGAUUUCUGUUCUCAUCUUAAAGCAAAGUUCUUAACCUGAGGUACUAUUUCUGGGUUAGCGGAGUCCGUAACCUGAAGCGAAUGUAACCUGAGGUACCGCUGUAUAUCCCUCCAGAAGCUCCCAGACCAUGGUAACAGUUCUAAGGAGAACCUAGUUGAACAAAUGUGAAUGAUAUUAAAUUUACAGUUUUGGUGAUUUGUGUGUAGAAUUUAGGGUUUUCGUGCAAAUGUUUAAAGGACUACUCAUGGUGCUAUUGUUUCAUGAAAAUCUUAAAUAUAAAUCCUUAAUUAGUUUUCUGGAAAAUCUGGAAAAUAAUUGAAACAAUUAUUAAAUACUGUUUUUUCAUCCUCAGUGCUUGUUUACUGUCUAAGUAAAUGGCAUUCAUUCUGCUGUAUUGAGUGAAAUUCCCUGGUAUAAAUUAGAUCCUCUGGGUAUUUUUUCCAUGUAGGUGUGUUAAAUAGAAUAUGCUGCAUUGAGAGAAAGGUAAUUUAUGGUUGUUAAUUCAUGGUUUCUCUCAAUCCCUUCCCAGAGUUCAUUUGUCUACUAUGGCGGGAGUGACUACUUUUGUCUAAGAACUAAUUAUGUAUGGCAGUUUUUAGUUUCCUAUUCCAGUUAGAGAACAAAUUUGUAUAGAUGAAGAACAUUAACUUGGCUCCUAAGUUGCUCCUCUAUUCACGUAAGGGGGAGAUAUCAGCCAACUCCCCCCUCUAUCCACACCCAUGUGCACAAUAUUGUACACCAUUCCCAAGGGUCUCCAAACCCAGGAGAAGAUUAUUGGGUACUGCAGAAGGUAGGGGGAAGUGAGAAAUCCCUCUUCCGUGAAUAUUAAUUUUGUUCUGUUCACAGGUGAAGGGUUGUAUUUAUGGCCCCUCCUUCAUUCCAGAUACAGUAACUGCAGUAGAAAAGUCAACAGUUGCAUUGAUAAGUGUUCCAAGAGAUGAAGAGGGGGGCAUGGAUUUGGUUUCACCUGCUCCUACUCACUCCCAUUUCUCUGCUGAAGGCACCGUAUUUUUCGCACCAUAGGAUGCACCGGACAAUAGGACGCACUUUGUUUUAGAGGGGGGAGAACAAGAAAAUUUUUUUUCCCCCUCUCUGCCCAGCGCCCCUUCAGUGAAGCAGCAGGAGGCGCUGCACAGAGAGGGGGAGAACUUUGCCCCUCUUGUUUUCCCGCUCUAAAACAAGGUGCCGUUUAAGGUGCGUUCAGGCGGCUACCUGAAGCCUGGAGAGCGAGAGGGGUCAGUGCACACCCACCCCUCUUGCUUUCCAGGCUUCAGGUUCCUCGAUCUGCUCUUUGGGGCUGGCGGGGAAGCCCACCACCAGCCCCAAAGAGCAGGUCAGGGAGCAGCGGAAAGGCGCAGCGGAGAGGCUCCUGCCAUAGCUGCGCGUCACCUCUCCAGCCGGGAGAGGGUCGCAGGGCUAUGGCUUCUUUAGCCCCGCGCACGCUCUCCCGGCUGGGGAGGUGACGCGCGGCUAUAGAGGCUCCUGCUAUAGCCACGCGUCACCUCUCCAGCCGGGAGAGGGUUGCGGGGGGCUGCUUUAGCCCCGUGCGCGCUCUCCCGGCUGGAGAGGUGACGCGGGGCUGUAGAGGUUCCUGCCAUAGCUGCACGUCACCUCUCCAGCCGGGAGAGGGUCGCGGGGGGCUGCUUUAGCCCCGCGCGCGCUCUCCCGGCUGGGGAGGUGACGCGCGGCUAUAGAGGCUCCUGCCAUAGCCGCCUGUCACCUCUCCAGCCGGGAGAGGGUCGCGGGGCUAUGGCAUCUUCGCUCCAUAGGAUGCACACACAUUUCCCCUUCAUUUUUGAAGGGGAAAAAGUGUGUCCUGUAGAGCGAAAAAUACGGUAGAUAUGAUUUUCUGAUAAUAGAACCCCAGAAUUGUAGAGUUGGAAUUGACCACAAGGGUCAUCUAGUCCAAACCCCUGCGAUGCAAGAAUAUUUUGCCCAAUGCAUGGCUCAAACCCACAACCCUGAAAUUAGGAGUCUUAUGCUCUACUGGCUGAGCUAUCAGGUUGUGUGCUUACAGUUAGAUUGGAUCCAGUGUUGUAUGUGGCUUCUAAAAAUUAAGGGAAAAUGUGGGUACUCAAUCACAUAUAUUUGUGAUUUGGCUGCUGCCAUUUGUUCUUAGUUUUUCCACACAAACUACCAAUCAAUAUCUGUCUUUUAUGUAAUUUUUCAAUGUCUCCUUGGAGAUGCUAUUUUUUCUUUGGCUGGGUUUGUUCCUACUGUUAGACCAUAGUUUAAAAUAAAUUAAUGUGCACAAGUGCUCUUCUCCUACUCUGCUCUUUACUGUGCCAAUGUGGGAGAGGAAACAUGCCCAAACCAAUACAGAACCUGGCUUGUUGUGAAGUGUGAACCUGGGCUCACAGAUUUGUUUUCUUUCCCGACAAACCAUGAAUGGAAGCCAAGGAUCAACAUAAAUGUGUUAAUGUUACAAGAAUGUGAUAAUGUUAGGAUUGAAGGCUUUUUCUCUUCUCACUAUAACUCUUGAUUAAUUGGCCUACCUGGCAUGUUGCUGAGAAUCUUCUAAAGAACAGUACAAUUGGUCCUUUAUUUGACCUGUAGGACUUGCAUCACAGACAGUUGUUUUCCUGAGAAGCUAAAAAUGGAUAGAAAUUUAUUCAGCUGAGUUCAAGGUGAAAUGUAUUCUCUUUCUGUGUGAAUGUUGACCAGAGUGGGUUUGAACUGUUCAGUCAUCAUUGUUAAAUUUUUCCUCUGGUUACUUAAAGCCACAACAGCAGGCAUGUUGGUAUUGCAGUGCCUGUUUCACACACUUAUAAAUCCGCAUUUAUUUUUGGAUUUUGGUAGUUGGAAGUUGAGUGAAUCCUGGUGGACCAUGCCUCCCCAUGCCUGCUGGGCCAAAUUUGGCAGGCAGGUGGGGUUACUAUAGUCACUAUAACAGCAGGUGAUGCACUUUGUAGCCCCAGUUGUUGGGACUUCAAAGAGCGGUGUGGACUGUUUGCAAAAGGGCUUUUAAACAGCCUACACUGAAACUGUGUCACGUUUGUUGUCAAAUGUUGGUUAUAUGGGCAUGUUUGCCCAAAUGAGGAGGCUUCAUAGACUAAUCCAUGGAUUGUUGAAAUUUGAUAAAAUUAUUAUUCAGUAUUGUCAGUGAAUGUAGCAAUGUAAUACAGUCCUAAUGUUUUGAGGUUGGAUGUGGGAAUUCUGUUGGCCAGGCAAGAAUUUGAAUGGUUCCCCAGAAUCCAGAUGCCUGCUCAGCUAAUAAACUUGUUCUAUGGUCUUUGGGAAACAUCAAGUUUUUCAGCAUUUAUUCUUUUUUGCAAAUAUUUUUGCAAAUAUUUGGUAAAAUGGUACAAUCUACAAUAACUAGAGAAAACUCAGAGUCUUGUUUUAUUAUUUGUACCUCAUACUUUUCUCAUGGGGUUAACUGUGAAUUUAUUAUUAAUUAAAUUUAUUAAUUCAGAGUCCACGGCUCCCUAGACCAACUACAUUCUUUCUGUAGCAUCCCUGUGGGGCUCAGGAGUACAUCUAUGUCAUCCCUUGCCUGCAGAGCUGGCAGCCUCUCAUCCUUUUUCAAACAUCCUCCCUGUGGAGUGUUCCCUCAGCCUCGUGAUGCCCCUCUCUUCUCUUUGGGAGUCCUCCAGGCAGCUGCUGCUGCUCUCUCUGGUCUCUGAGCUGCCCCCCCCCACCCUAAAGAGAGCUGCCUCCUACAGGCACCAUUCCUUUGCAGAGCUUAUAGCCAGGGCUGCUGCAGUAAACAGCUGUGCAAGCUUGGGGUAGGCAGAGAUGUGAGAGGGCAUCAGAGGAGGGAGGGAAGGAAAGACGGACAGAGGCUAGUGUUGCCCGUGGCAGCCCUGACCAUCAUUCAAGGCACCCCAGGGUGCCAUGGCACACUGGUUGAAAACCACUGAAUGAAUUAAAUUUCUAUACCACCCUUAUUCUGAGAAUCACAUGGGUGCUUUACCAUAAAAAAAUGAAAUAUGUAUCAUAGUAACAAAUAGAAACAACACACCUCCCAGUUUAAAAGGCCAUAGAUUGUUUAUGUGGCCAAAGGCCUGAGAGAAGAGGAAUGUUUUUGCCUGGUGCUUAAUGAUACACAACAAAGGUGCCAGGUGAGCCUUUGUCCUAAUGUCACCAGUGCAACUUAUUGCUGAGUGGGCAUAUGAACUUGCAUCUCAUGGACCAAUCAGGGAUGAGGAACCUCCAGCCUUCAGGUCAGUGUUGGCCCACCAGGCUUCCCCAUUUGGCCCCCGAGUCCAUUUUGGGCAAGUCACAUUCACCUGCCCUCUACCUGACCUGACAUCAUACUGAUAAAAAUUGGGCUUGAUCAAAGCCUGCUUUGAGCAGCUGCCAAAGUGCUUGACAGCCAGCUGGUUGUUGGGAGCCUUUGAAGCAUUAAGCAGGAACCCAGCAUUAAGCAGGAUUGCUCUCCCGUCACAUUAGCCUAUGAGAAGAGGGAGUGAUCUGCUUGGUUUUUGAUUGUUGGUUGUUGAUUUUUGCUUUUAUCCAGUUGUGUUAGGAAGUAAUAUUCUGCUGUAAACAGAAUAAUAUGUUUUUAGUAACUCCAAAUCCUUCUGUUUGUGCUUAUAUUUUGUUCAUAAAAACUUAAUGCUAGUUUCUUAUUUAUUCUAAGGGGAGGAAAGUACUGGUUCUAAUUUAAUGCUUUUGUAGAGUAUUAUAAAUCUGUCAUAUCAAAAGUAUGAAAAAUCAAUACAUUGGGAUAAAUUUUUAUGAGUUAUAACUCUUAGCUUCCAUGAAUAUGCAGGUGUGUGGAUGUAGUUCUAUACUAAAGAAUAUCAUGAAUAAUUUGAUAUAUUGAGUUUUAUUUAUAUAGUUUAUUGUAAAAGUGCCACCUUGGAAUUUUAUUUAUUUUAUUUAACAAGAUUUAUAUACUGCUUGAUUAUAAAUAGAAUCUCUAAGUGGUUUACAAACAGUAAAACACAUUAAGUUCUCAAAAGUUUCAAACAUGUAUUCCAAACAAUUUAAAAUAUAAAUAAGAUCAACUUAAGCUAAAAACAUAUUAACAUGUGCCAACAACUUCUUUAUUUUCAAAUUUUCUUCUACAUGCCUAUGCCUAGAACAGUCAAUGUAGAAGAACAUACACCUUUUUUACCUUCUAGCAUGGGCAAGGAACCUUUUGACCCAACUGACCAGAUCUUUCUCCAUCCUCAUUCCUGACUGGACAGGUGGGUUGUCCCUUCUGCAGUGCUUCCCAAGUGUCUGAUAGCUAACUGGUUGUCAGGUGCCUGGGAACAUCAGUGCAAGGGGCUUUGCAAGGGGAACUCUGUUGUACAGAUGAUUCAGACACACCAUUAGGUGCCCCACACUUGACAUCACAUAAGAUGUCAGGUGUGGGGCAGAUGCGCAUGGUUUGGGAAAACCGUCCUCGUGGAUCAAAUUAGGAAAUAUUGUACCCAAAUUUGGCCCAUUGGUAAGAGGUUCCUCACUCUUAUUAAAGGUGUGUUACAAAAAGCAACAGAAGUGAACUUGAUAUUGUUGUGGAUUUAUCAUACUGCCCUUCUGUUUUAAUUGGGAACUUCAUUUUUAAAACCAAUAAUAAUAAGCUAAGGCUUGAGAGUAUGGAAAGUACAGUCCUUUCAACAUUCUUUUCUGAAGCAGUGAGAUUGAUAUUAUCUAGCCUCUUGUUCCUUCCUCUACAGUGGCAAGAAUUUCAGAGAUCAGUGUGAUGGACCUGGGUUUUCUGAGGACAUUGCUAUGGGUGGAUGAUCUAGCAGGGUUAACAGACUUGACUUCUUUAUGUUGUUAUGCCAAGUAAACUUUGGCUUCCAGGCAUUGAAAAUUGAGGUAAAGAAUGCUUCCACACUCAGAAGCUACAUUUCAUAGAAUCAUAGUUGGAAGGGAUCUCAAGGGUUAUCGAGUCCAACCCCAUGCAGUGCAAGAAUCUCAGCUAGAUUCAUCCAACCUCUAAUUAAAAACCUGCAAGGAAGGAGAGUCCACCACCUCUCAUGGGAGCCUGUUCCACUUUUGAACAGCUCUUACUAUCAGAAAGUUCUUCCUGAUGUUUAGUCAGAAUCUUCUUUCUUGUAACUUGAAUACAUUGGUUUGGGUCCUAGCCUUCAGAGCAGGAGAAAAAAGCAUGCUCCAUCUUCCAUGUGACAGCCCUUUAGAUGUUUGAAGAUGGCUAUCAUAUCUCUUCUCAGUCUCUUCUUUUCCAAGCUAAACAUAUCCAACUCCUUCAACCAUUCCUCAUAAGGCUUGGUUUCCAGACCCUUGACCAACUUUGUCGCCCUCCCCUGCACACAUUUCAGCUUGUCAAUAUCCUUCUCAGUAAUCCUUAUGACAACCCUAUAUGAUAGGCCAUCAUUGUUGUUAUACUACAGAUGGGUUGGACUGAGAAAUUCUUGAAUGAUACCAUCAUUCUUAAGGUCUUCCAGGCUCACCAUUUCCCUAAGGAAGAUGGAUAACUAUUGUCAUAUGGAAUAAAUUGUUGAUGCUCUGUUCACCUCUUUUAAUUGUAAUCAAAGCACUUCAUGGGCAAAGGCAACUGACAAUAUUAUGCCCCCACUCCCAUUUCCAUUCUUUUUUAAAGCAUUUCUGAGGCACCAAGGAAUGCAAAUAAAAAAUAAAUUUUGACUUGAUAUUCUUUGCAGAAGUCUGUGAGUGGCAUAUCUUUAUGAUGCUUGAGAUGGAUCUGCGUGUAGCUAUUAGUACUUUGUUUAGUUGCCAAAUGGCCCUGAAGGACACAAGCAUUUCCUUAUGGGAACACUCUUGCAUUAGAAUCAGCCUGUUGCCACCUGCCGUAUAGAAGAAAGAUUGCUAAUUGUAAUUAUAUUCACUGCUUUCAAUUUGGGAAACUGUUCUAAAUUGUUCUAAACCUUUUACUGUGGUUUACAGUUGUAAUGCUUUGCAGACUCAACAGUAGUACCACUGAGAAAGAUAGUUUAAGGAAGGCAUUGCUGUCAAUUCCAUGUGUUUGUGCUGUAUCAUGAGUCCUAAGAUAACCUACAAGAUAACCAGUUUCUCUAUCACUAAGCUUGGAAAAUAUUGGGAAUUAUUAAACAUUGGGAAUAAUUAAAAGUUAUUGUGAGGGAUCCAUGGUUAUAUUUGCAAUUAUGGCUGUGCUUUUUCGAGCACACGUGGAAGUGGUUUCACCUGUUUCAGCUUCUGCCCCCUUCAUCCUGGUUUCAACCUCAUGCAGUCAUCUAUCCGCAUACACAUUCAGCAUUUUUUGAUAAACUUCCAUUUUCCCUGACCACUAACCAUGCUGGCUAGGAGUGAUGGGAAUUGUAGUUCAACAACACCUGGGGACCCAAGGUUGAAAAAGGCUGCACUAUGGCCUUUCCAGGUUUACAUGCAGUUCUGUAUCAGCAGUUUGAAGAUGGUGCACAAAUGGCACCGCCAGUGUGGUGUAGUGGUUAAGAGCGAUAGACUCGUAAUCUGGGAAACCGGGUUCGCGUCUCCGCUCCUCCACAUGCAGCUGCUGGGUGACCUUGGGCCAGUCACACUUCUUUGAAGUCUCUCAGCCCCACUCACCUCACAGAGUGUUUGUUGUGGGGGAGGAAGGGAAAGGAGAAUGUUAGCCGCUUUGAGACUCCCUAGGGUAGUGAUAAAGCGGGAUAUCAAAUCCAAACUCUUCUUCAUUUCCUGCUGCUUUUAUUCAAGAGUUAAUAUACUUCAGGGCAUUAAUGUGGACUGCCUCUCACUUUUUGGUGUUUAUUUGCUUGCUAUGAGUUAUUAUAGCUUCUUGUCAGACCUGCAUCAUUUGACCUUUUUUUUGUAUGUAGUAUUUUGCUAUUGUAGAACCAUCUCUUGAGUUGGGGUUGGGGGAAUCUAAGGAAUGAUUUAGGGCUGUAAAAUCUCCCCCUGCCCCAGAUUUUAGACCUUUUUUAAAAAAAACCAACCUUUUAAGUACAGCAUCUGAUCACUAAGAAGUUCUAGAGCUUAAAUUCAGUUACUUUUGCAAGUGAUAGCCAUGAGAAACGUUGGUCCUUGGACACAAUAUGCUUGGAAUGUGAUAAUAACAUUGCCAACCUUUCUUUGCCCUAUUACAGAAUAUAUUGUGUGUAAACUUCUAGGAAUGGAGAGUGGUUAAAUCACUAGAAUGAAACAUUGUAUGUAAAACGACAUGGCAGCUGCCAGUGCAUUCUACUGACAGUUAAUUUCACUUGUAUCAUUUUGUAUUUUGGUUGUUGGAGUCUCAACCACUAGCCAAACAACAGAAAGAUACUGUGCAAGUGAAAUUAACUAUCUAUAGGAUAUGCUGGCAGCUGCCAUCUCUUAUGUAUAAUGUUUCAUUCUAGGCGAUUCAUCUAACCACUCUAGUUCCUAGUGCCUUCAUCUGCCCCCGCUGUAACAAAACAUGUCCCUCCUGUAUCGGUCUCUAUAGCCACAGCAGAUGCUGUAACCCUCCAAUGGUUUGACUUCAUCCCCAAAGGCACACUCUUCCAUUGUCUCUCGAGACACAUGGGUACCAACCAUGUUGGUUAGUUGUAGAUCACUGGAUGAGGUUUAGCAUGAGGAAGAGGUGAGGAAAGGAUAUACUUUUGAUUAUCCUCUAGCAUCACCUGACAAAUUGUUUAUAGACCCAUUUCCUACUCUAUCCUAAAAAUACACUUUGAAGAUCACUGUGAUGAAAUUAUGGGCAGCUGCAGUUGGAAGUCAGAAAUUGAUUGCAUGUGCAAAUCCCUGCAUGGCGUUAGGUGUUCUCUUAAAAAAUGUGAACUACCUUUAUUCUGGCUUUAAAUCACACUGAUUUAAUUUGGAAUAAUAGAUCUCUCGCUGUGGGUUGGAAGUACUGUUUCAGAAUUAAAUAUGACCCUGCUUCCAGUCAAAUUGAACUUGGCAAAGCAAGCCAUAAGUGUUUUUGCAUGAGAACGUAAGUGUUAGCCAAUUAAUUGUAGAUAAUGUAUUUUAAAAUAGUCUUUGCAUAAACAACCCUCUAGUUUUUUCAUUAUCUCCUUCCGGAAACCCUGAGAAUGAAGGAUAAUAGAAGCACUCUGCAGGGUUUUAAUGACAAGUGCUGGGUAAGAUGAGCUGAACCAGGAAUGGGGUACUAUAUGCUGACAAGCGCUGGCCUGGAGAGUGCUGAUGUGUCCAGUCAUUUGAUAUAACUGGUUACUGGCAUUUAGAGAUAGCUAAUUCGAGUGAAAGCACAGUGAAUAAAGCCAGAGUCCAAAGAAACUGCAAAUUAAUAUACUGUUCAGGUGCAAUCCAGCUCAGAUUAAGUCCUGACAUAUGCAUGGGGGGAAGGGAAUAUUCUACUUCCAUCCAAAUAUACAGUCAAUCUUCUUCUUUGGCGAUCACUUAUAGCUGAGUAAGAUUGUCUUCCAUGAAUAUGGUCUUAACGGUGUGUCCAUAGGCAACUGUGGAGACCAGUUCUGGAUCCAGGUAGCAGUUGAUCACGGCGAGGAUUUGCCAAAUGUGCCUUCCUCUUAGCUCAUUUCUCCCUUUCAUCCUGAGUUCAUUCUUCUUCAAAGUGCAUGAUGCCUUUCAGUCAGUAUUUAACGUGAAACUCAACUUUAAAGUUUAAAUAUAUUUUUAUGAAGAGUUAUUUUUGUUGUUUUAUUAAUCUCUAUUCUGCUUUUCUACUCAGACAUUUAAGGCACAGUUGCGCCUUUGUACUUUUAGUAUUAUUAUUAACUACUCUUCUUAUAUACGUAAUGCCAAACCAUGGUUUGGUGUUAUUCCUAAACAAACAUACUGACUACUAAACAUGAUUAAUAGUAAAAUGGAAUUUGUGUAUGUGAGGAGUGCAAUCCUUUGGCCAUUUGCUAUCCAUGGGCAACAUUACAUUGCACAGACAUUCAUUAUUAGAGGAAAUACUAACUUUCAUGUUGCAUUUUUCAUCACAUUUUGUAUCGGAAUGUUUCAAUUAUGGUAAGAGUCAAGUGGGACCUGCAACAGAAUGUUGCAGCGUAGAAUAUCCUAUUCAACCACUGCAGCCAUUCUUUCUUUGUAGACACUUGAUUCCAGGGGUAGCCACCUCUUACCCUUCAGGUUCUGUGAGCUACGACUCCCAUCAUGCCUCAUUGUUGACCCUGUUGUCUGAGGCUGGGAGUUGCAGUCCACAACAGCUGGAGGGCACCACAUUGCCAACACUGUUGUAUUCCAUUCUCCUAGUUUCUAUUAGUAUGAUGAUGAUUGUAAGAUUUUUUUUAAUGAAAAAGUUCAAGGUCUGACAGGAUAUAAAAGAAUAAAUCAGGUUAGAAAGAUACAUUGCCACUGAUUUCCACUGAUCACUCUGUUCAGUUGCCAGUCAUUGUAAGAAGGAAGACAUACAGUAGUAGUUGUUUCCCAUGUAGCACAGAUUGCAAACUUUAUACUUUGUCCUUUGACAUGAGAUGUUUUGCGCAGCCCCACAUUCUGGAGUAUUUGCUUGCUGGUAGGUAAGUGUACAUAGGAUUGCAAGCCUUAGUCAAUUAUCGGUUGAAUUGGGGAUUGGCAUCCCAUAAAUUAUGAAUUUGAAUAGUUGGGUUUUUAGUGUCAGAUUGUGGGGCUACUACAGGAAGUGUAAUGGUUUAAAACCUUUAAUUAACUUUCCAUUCAUUUUGUUCCUACUUUAUUUCUAACAUUUCUGGCUUUGUUUUCCUGUAUUAUAUUCUGGGUACAGUAGUUGUCUACAUGUCAGUGGUUGAAAGAAAUACAAAUGAUUAGUAUAAAGUUCAACACCAUUUUAAUGCAUAGUUUAUUUUCUCACAAGCGUGAUCCAGUAAAAAAAUACCUAGACUUGUGCAAUGAAUUAGCAGACUUCGUGUGUUGCAGGAGUGCUGGAGUGCCAUUAUUGCAUCCUACUGGUGUUCUGGGUCAGUUGCCAGAUUAGAUCUUCAAAUGUGUUGUGCAAGCAAAACAGAAGUUUGCUGGCAUGCUCACUGGACAAUAAGACUGGCAGUAAUACACAUUGUUCCUGAAAAAUGAUGGAUUAAUUCCUUUGCAAUCUGGCCUUUUUAAUAUAUCUUGACUAGUUAAGAAGAUAUAGUGGUGAAUUUUCUUAUGUGUGGCCCUUGCAGCAGUAAAAUUGGUACUUUGGAAAAGCUACAAAAAUAGCCAAAAUAACAUAAGCAUUGCAUAUUAGUAAUUAUACUUUUGGUAUAAUGUUUUCUUUCUAUUUAUUAUAGGUUGUGUCACUUUAGUAUUUUUGAAAACUAAAUUGCUGCUUGUUAUAUGAUGUGAAUCUCUUCACUCUGUAACUUUCUUUUUCAGAUCUGUUUUCUUCUGUUUGCUGUUCUCUAUAUUGUUUCCUACUUCAUUAUCAGAAGAUACAAGAGGAAAGGAGGUAACUGUUUUUAUAGUCAUAUGUAGACUGCAAUCAAAAUGGGAAAUAGAUGAGAUGCUCUUGAUGAUAUUGGGGCACAGUGCCAAAAAGGUGUUUUGGGUGAUGAGGGGAAAGUUUGUGUUUGACCAGAGCCGUACUAUUUUACAUUAUCUCUUCGUUGUAUUUGCCCAACCUUUAUUUCUUUCAGUGCAAGUUUCCCAACUUGUUAGGACUUUAGCUCUUAACUUGUGCCUGUUUUCUUCAUUUAUAAUUUUGCAAGUUGGUUAAUAGAAGGUGAAGUUUAUUUAUUUAAAUAAUUUAUAUAUUGCUUCUGAUAAAAGAAUCUCCAAGUGGUUUACCAUCUAAAAUUCCAAUACUAAACUGUUAAUAUGUAUAAGAACAAAUAAGUACUAAACUAUACAUACAAUCUAAAAAACAAUCGACAAUAUAAGUAAGUAAUGUAACAGCGCCAUAUGUAAAAUGGGCCAAUAACCUAGUGGGGCAAAACCUGCUCAGGUAGAUGUGUGUUAACAGUCUUGGAAAGCACCUUACUGCAAUUGCCAGAAAGAAAGCUCAUUGUCUGUGCCAUGCUGCCACCUAGCUACCAAAUGUCUACAGACUGCAUGGUGGCAAUCUUCUUCUUCUUUGGCGAUCACUCGUAGCCGAGUAAGAUUGUCUUCUAUAAACAUGGUUUUAACAAUGAGUCUACGUGCAAUCUUAUUAACAGUUGCAUGACAGGGAUCCUAGUGGUACAAGUAGCAGUAUGGUUGCAGUCUAAAUAAAUAUGGGUUCAGGAUUGCUAAUUUAGCUUACCAUUACUAUGUCAGUAAAUGAUAUACUAUUUAAGGGUUUGAGAUUAAAGUUUAACUGGAGGGCUUAUAUUAACUUGGAUUUUUAAUGUAAGAUCCACGUAUUGAUGGUCAGUAUAUCCAAUAUGUUAUGGUUUACUAUUACUGUUAGUACUAUUUUCCCUGUUUUUCUUCUUUACUUUAUUCCCCAUCUUUUCAUGAUAUUUUCCCCCAAUUCCUUGUUAAAUCUGCAAAUUAAAAAAUUAAUAACACGUAAACUUAACAUCCAAAUUUAUUUGUACUCAGUUAUGUUAUUAUAGACAAAUUAAUUGACGGCAAGACUAUCCAAGGCUUCUGGCCAUGAUGGCUAUGUUCUGCUUCCACUGUCAGAGGCAUUAUUCCACCAACUAUCAGUUGCUUGGAAUUGCAGGUGGGCAGAAGGCUGUUGCGCUCAUGUCCAGCUUGCAGACUUCCCACAGGCAUCUGGUUGGUCAUUUCUUAUCCGUCAAAAACUAAGUUAUACUUGGGUAAGGGUAAGCUUCUAGUGGCUUGCACCAUCAAGCCAUCUUGACAUUUUUCUUCACUUUCAUCUCUAACAUUGUGUAUAUUUAUAAAUGUAGCUUUAAGAAAAUGAAUUCCUUUAAACUUUGACAUUUCUCUUUUUUAUUUAAACAUUUAUGAAAUACAGUACUUUUAUAAAGUACAAAUAUGAAGUAUGAUAAAAAAAAAUGAAGUUUGAUUAAAAAAACCCUUGCAUAAUGUAAUAUUUUGAUUACAUUUUCAUUUCUAUUCUGACAAUAUUUUAAUGGAGCUUUCUAAAGUUUCAAAAUUUCAAAACUGUAUUUUUCCUUUUUUCUCCUUAAACAUGAAAUUUUGCACUGAUUUGUCAAAUCAUUUAUAUAAAAUUUCUUAAUACAGAUCCUAAUAACUAAUACAGUUUCAUAUUGUCUUGCACCUUACAGUUGGAACUUUUCAAAUUAAACCUCUUUUCAAUCUGUUUCUCAUUUCCUAUCUACCCUGAGUUGUUUUAUUUUGGGGUUGAGGGGUUGUUUCUUUUCUGUCAGUUAGGUCUGGAGGGCAGGACGAAUUCUCCUCCUGGAAGAUGAGGCAACAGUCUUAAGGAGGCAACAGUCUUGAAGACCCUGCCUAUCAAGGCCAGAGGGGGGGAGUCAUCCUAUUCAGAGAAUGUCUGCUAGUCCAAUCUGUAAAUACAAAUUCAUGGUAGAACAAAGAGGAAGCACAAUUUCCAUUUUCCAUUUUCUUUAACAUUGUUAAAGUAAAGCCAAAGUGCUAAGAAGUAAAGAAAGUGUGAUAACAAAUUAAGAAUUGUACAUACAGUCAUACCUCGAAAAGUUGAACAGAAUCUGUUCCGGAAGUCCGUUCAGCUUCCGAAAUGUUUGACUUCCGAAGUGCGGCUUCUGAUUGGCUGCAGGACACUCCUGCAGCCGAUCGGAAGCCACGGAAGCCCCAUCGGAUGUUCGGCUUCCAGAAGAACGUUUGAAAACCGGAACACUCACUUCUGGUUUUCGAUCUUUAGGGAGCUGGAACAUUCGACUCCCAAGGCGUUUGGGAGCCGAGGUAUGACUGUAUUCUAAUUUCCCCCAAAAUUCUGUUCACUCCCAUCUACCAAUAAACUUUUUACUAUGGUUUCAAAGUGCUUUGAGAUUUCACUUCUCUUUAUUAAUGGAAUUUAUUAAUGGAAUUUUAUUGUUGAUGUUAUGCUUUGCAGUGCCAUGGUAUUUUUUUCUUAAUAUUGGUGGUAUAUUAGUGUUUGCAAAUAAAAUAAGCAUAAGAUGGCCUCAGGACAUUCUACCAAAGCAAGCAAGGGAGGAAACUUAAAUCACUUGUGCUUCCUCUGUUGACAUUUCUGGGUCUCAUUUGAGGGUGAAGGGAGAGAUGUUUGUUUUGUUUAUGCACUGGAUAACAUGGACUGUGCAUUUUGCCACCGAGAUGUGUCUCUUGCCUAUGUAAAAGUUAAAAACAGCCAUAGAGGAAGCAUGAGUGACUUCUUCACUUGCUGCCUCAUUGACUGUCCAAAGGCAGUCAGUCAAGAACAAUAGGUUUUGUAAACUGUGAUGCAGACUCAAAUGCUGAAUUUGAGAUUAGUGGAGGAAAAAAGCUUGUAUAUAGGAGCAUUGUACUAUGACAGUGCAAAGAUUGGGCUAUCUUGCUGUGUAGGCAUCUGUCUUUAAGGCAAAGACUAGGGCAGUCUAAACAAGGGUUCACUGAUUUGUAAUCUGUGCAUUUUGAUCACUUUAACUUUUUUAUAUAUAUAAAAAUGUUGGAAAAGUAGUAAAAAGCAGGCAACAAUUGUCUUGGAAAUAAAAUACAAAUAAUACAAAUAUGCAUUAUUUUUCAGAUGAGCAAGAGGAUGAAGAUGCUAUUGUCAAUAGAAUUUCGUAUGUAUAUGUUUGUAUGUAUAUGUAUAUCUUAUUUAGGCUUUCAUUACCUUUCUGGUGCUAUGCAAAUAUAGGCCUGGCUUGUACAUAACGCGAAACCCACAGACAAUCAAAUGAAUCAUGGAUUGUUUUUCCAAAGUUUUAUUUGUUUUCCAGCUGCUCUUGUCCCAUGCUGUUGUAGUUUUUCUAGAGUUGGGUGGGCAAACAAACUGUGGUUAAAGAAGGAUGCUGGGUUCACACGUAACAUCAGGCCAAUGUUUGGUGAACCAAAAACAAACCAUGGUUUCAAAUCACUGAACAAACCGUAGUUACGCUUCUGGUCAGGAUUCUUACAUAACACUAAGUCAUGGUUUGAAUUUAUUUUAAUAAACCAUGGUUAAGUAUAAUGAAUGAAUGAGGCCAAAUAAGUGUUUUUCUGUUGCAGAAGAAGAAUACUCUUCUGAUCUCCAAGCACAAAACUAAAAUAUAUGCUGCUUGCAUGACUUUUUAGCUCUUAGUUUUUGACAAUGGAUACCGUGUUUAUGAAUCAAAUAGCCCGAUGAAAGCAAAAACUGAAAAUAGAAUCUGCAUUCCCCGUGUUUAAAUUUUCUUUAAAACUUAGGUGUCCCCUGAGAAUUUUGACUUUUUGAAUAGCUUUUAUAAGAAACUCUUAUAAAUGUAUCAUUAUCAUAACUGGCUUUCCAUAUGACAUGGGAGCUGCAAUCUGACAAUUCUCAGCCCAGAGCCUCCUUAUGCAUGCCAAUCUAGUUGUGUUGUUCUUUGGAUUGUGGCGUAUGUGUGUUUUUCCCUUUUAGUAUUCAUCUGCAAAUCAAAAUUUGUUUGAAUUUGCUCCCAUGCAGAGCUUUUCAUUACUUCAGCAGUACUAGACUUUUACAGCAGAGGGAGCACUUUCAUUAACCUUGACAGAUGUUUUGUUUUCUUUAACACAUUCAGGAAUAGUGUUUUGUGAGGUAUAAGGAAAGAUAAGGAAGUGAGAGGAUGGUGUGCUAAUUGAACUGCUUAGACGCCAUUUUGGUAUGUGUAAGCCAUAGAUAAAUUAAUAAUAAUAGCAGCUAAUAUUUGAUAGGUCUCCAUUCUAUUUUUUUAAAAAAGUAAACUUUGCAUGUUGAAUAUUAGCUCUGGUGCCUGCAAAGCAGUGGCAGUUAUGCAUUGAAGCUCUUUUUAAGCUGUUUUCAUUAACAGUUUGUGUCUGAACUGUUGUAUUAGCAGUAACAAUAAUGCUUCUUUUUGAUUUUCAGGCUAUUCUUGAGUACAUUUACUCUUGCAGUUUCAGCUGGUGCUGUCCUUCUUCUACCUUUCUCAAUAAUCAGCAAUGAAAUCCUGCUCUCUUUUCCACAUAGCUACUAUAUUCAGUGGUUAAAUGGAUCCCUAAUUCAUGGUUUGUAUUAUAUAAUUUUAAUAUUGGUACUUGAAUUUGAAACACAAAAUUAUCUUAAGUGUACCAGCUAUGCAUCAAAUCAGAAGCAUUAGGUACACAGAUUACCUUAGGAAAUAUUUUCCAUCCUAAGUAGGGGCAUUCAGUAAACUGGGCAGGUAAUCUUACCUGCUUUUCAUCUUUAGAAUGCUCUUUUUUCAUAAGGGCUCUCCAAAUCCUGAACUUGUGCAUCUUCUGUGAUUGAUGCAAGAUGCUUUUAGUCAAACUGGCUUUUGGUGGCAAGCGACAUGGCACAAUAAUUAGCAUUUUCUUUUCCACCCUGAGGUCUUGGGACAGGGUGACUGUAAGUCCAGUUAAAACAAAACAAAACAAAACAAAACACAAACAGGACUUCCAUUGGAUAGAUCAACUUAACUAUUUUUCAGAAGGGGUUGAAUGCUGUCUUUUAGACACUCCUCAAUCUAUACUAGAUUUGUGGGAUGUGCGGCAUCCCCAAUUAGUUGUCAUUCUGGUUCUGUGUGGGAAGAAUGAAACUUGGGAAGAGUGGCUGCUUUGUUUUCAUUAUAGAGUUUGUUUUUAUGAGGUCAGAGAUGUCCUGCUCUACUUCUGUCCAAUAUUCAGAUUAGUAUUCUGAACCACACAGAACUGGCGUUCCACAGGUGAUAAACACAAGCAGUGUAACUGAGAGUCAGCACUGAACGGUGUGUGAAUUGCAGUCUGAUGACGGUCAUACAUUCAAACCCAGAGGUAACAUGGUUCAAAGGCAGUCUAAAGUCAAAACAGAGGGAGGCCCAGCAAACAGCUAGGUAGACAAGGAUAGCUGGUGCAAAGACUUGAGCCUUCAGAGUCCCGUCAGAGCACAGCUUCAGACCAUCCAUGUUGCCUGAGGAAAACAUGUUUAUUUGGGAAGAUUAGCUUGUUCAGGAGUAUUCUUUUACUCCGGAGGAGUUCUUGUUCUUCAGGAGUGUACCAUGGUGUCGGGUGGCCGACGGAACUUGUAGUGUUGGGUGCCUGUGCUCCCUAGGCCGCUUGCCCCCCCAAUUCUGUGAAGGGGCUUCAUCUGUCUUGAGAAGGAAGUGGUUUAUUGUGCCUUCUGAGGGCCCCAGAUGCCCCUGCUUUGCCUCACAAAUCAUUGACAGGCUGCUCCUCCAUGAUGUUUGCCUCGGGGAGCUCCUGGUCAUCCUCCAGCACGCCAAUAGCAAUAAGCUGCAUAUGAGAACCCACAUAUCCAACUGUACGAUGAAUUGAUUUAAGGGGGCAUGAGAAAAAUGAAGAUCAUCAAUGGUAACUCUGCUUUGAGUGACUGAUGUGUGGGAAUGUGUAUAUAAAGACUGCCAUUCUUUUUGGUACUUCAGUUUGCAGUGCAGAAGCAAGUUUAUUGGCUGUGCAAGACAGGAAUUAUUCCAUUUCUUUGCCUUGAAAAUGAGAAAGCUAGUGUGGUGUAGCAGUUGGAUUAGGAUUUGGGAAACUCAGGAUCAAAUCCCCACUUAGCUAUGAAGCUCACUGAGUAGUGCUGGACCAGACACGGUCUCACUUGCCUUGUGGGGUGGUGGUGAGAAAAAUACUUGUGUGCCACUUUGAGCUCCUUGAAGGCAAAAUGGAAUAUAAAUUGAAUAAAUAAAUUAGUGACGUGUGAAUAAAGGAUCUGUGAAAUAACGACCUAGAAAUCACCAUAUUUUUUUGGUGGUGGGGGGAGUAAUUGAACAGGUGGAGUAUACUGCUUAGUCAGCAGCUUAGAAUCUCAGUGUGAUAUUGGAUGUCAUAUAUGAUGUUAUACAAUGGUACCUCGGUUUACGAACUUAUUCUGGAAGUCCGUUCUUAAACCAAAACUGUUCUUAAACCGAGGUGCGCUUUCCCUAAUGAAGCCUCCCGCCGCCGGUGCCCUUCCACUGUUCGGAUUCCAUUCUUAGACUGAGGUAAAGUUCUCAAACCAAGACACUAUUUUCAGUUUUGCGGAGUUUGUAAACCAAAUCGCUCUUAAACCGGACUGUUCUUAAACCGAGGUACCACUGUAUUAACUUUAGUUAGCUGCUGAAUUUGUGUGCUUGGGGGUCCUCAGUCAUUCUAAUGAAGUUAAAUUGUGGUAUUUUUUUAUUAAGCACUAGCAUGGAUUGUUUUAGAUACUUAAUAUUUUUAAUUCUUGCACUAGAAUGUGUUACUUCCCUUGAGUCCUUCAUAGAGAAAUUGAAUUAAUAAAAAUAUAUUUGUGUAUCAUCUGGUACCUGGGGGUCGCACAUGGUAGUUUAAAACCAGAAGCUCCUACAUGAAGUUUGUUUAUCUUAUUUUGCAUAGUAAUAUCUGUAAUCUACAUGUAAGCAUAUAAUUUUACAGUCUGUUCCUGUGGUAGAUUCCUUUAUAAAGGAUGUGUAAUUGAAUUCAGAAAUCUUUUGAAAACUUUGAAAAUGCAUUGUGCUUGAUACAAACACCUAGGGAAUGCCAGGUUUAUUACACUUAGAAUUGUAGACUUGGAAGGGACCCCAGUGAUCACCCAGUCCAGCCCCCUGCAAUGCAGGAAUGUGCAGGUGGAACAUAUGGAAAUUGAACACAGAACACUGGCAUUACGAGCACCACACUCGUAACCAACUGAGCUAACUGGAAUAGGCUAGUGAUUGUAGUUCCAUUAUUCAUUUGUAAUGAUUCUCAAAGCCAAGGUAGAUAACCUUUUAAAGUGAAAACAAUAAUUUUAAAGUAUGUCUAACACCAGAUAAAUUUAGCUCAAUUUCAAGACUCUUGAGAUAGAGGAACUUAUGACAAAUGUGAGGUUGUUGUUAUCUCACAUGUGGCCAGCAGAUGGGGAUAGAAUAUAGUGAAAAUUCCACAUCCACACAAUGCAGGAAUCAUAGAAUCAUAGAGUUGGAAGAGACCACAAGGGCCAUCGAGUCCAACCCCCUGCCAAGCAGGAAACACCAUCAGAGCACUUCUGACAUAUGGUUGUUAAGCCUCUGCUUAAAGACCUCCAAAGAAGGAGACUCCACCACACUCCUUGGCAGCAAAUUCCACUGUCGAACAGCUCUUACUGUCAGGAAGUUCUUCCCAAUGUUUAGGUGGAAUCUUCUUUCUUGUAGUUUGGAUCCAUUGCUCCGUGUCCGCUUCUCUGGAGCAGCAGAAAACAACCUUUCUCCCUCCUCUAUGUGACAUCCUUUUAUAUAUUUGAACAUGGCUAUCAUAUCACCCCUUAACCUCCUCUUCUCCAGGCUAAACAUGCCCAGCUCCCUUAGCCGUUCCUCAUAAGGCAUCGUUUCCAGGCCUUUGACCAUUUUGGUUGCCCUCCUCUGGACACGUUGCAGUUUGUCAGUGUCCUUCUUGAGCUGUGGUGCCCAGAACUGGACACAGUACUCCAGGUGAGGUCUGACCAGAGCAGAAUACAGUGGCACUAUUACUUCCCUUGAUCUAGAUGCUAUACUCCUAUUGAUGCAGCCCAGAAUUGCAUUGGGUUUUUUAGCUGCCGCGUCACACUGUUGGCUCAUGUCAAGUUUGUGGUCAACCAAGACUCCUAGAUCCUUUUCACAUGUACUGCUCUCAAGCCAGGUGUCACCCAUCUUGUAUUUGUGCCUCUCAUUUUUUUGCCCAAGUGCAAUACUUUACAUUUCUCCCUGUUAAAAUUCAUCUUGUUUGUUUUGGCCCAGUUCUCUAAUCUGUCAAGGUCGUUUUGAAGUGUGAUCCUGUCCUCUGGGGUGUUAGCCACCCUCCCAGUUUGGUGUCAUCUGCAAAUUUGAUCAGGAUGCCCUUGAGUCCAUCAUCCAAGUCGUUGAUAAAUAUGUUGAAUAAGACCGGGCCCAAGACAGAACCCUGUGGUACCCCACUAGUCACUCUUCUCCAGGAUGAAGAGGAACCAUUGAUGAGCACCCUUUGGGUUCGGUCAGUCAGCCAGUUACAAAUCCACUGAGUGGUAGCAUAGUCAAGACCGCAUUUUUCCAGCUUCUUUACAAGAAUAUCAUGGGGCACCUUGUCAAAUGCCUUGCUGAGAUCAAGGUAGGCUACAUCCACUGCGUUCCCUUCAUCUACCAGGCUUGUAAUUCUGUCAAAAAACGAGAUCAGGUUAGUCUGACAUGACGUAUUUUUCAGAAAUCCAUGCUGACUAUUGGUGAUCACAGCAUUCCUUUCUAGGUGCUCACAGACUGUUUGCUUAAUGAUCUGCUCCAGAAUCUUCCCUGGUAUUGAUGUCAGACUGACUGGGCGGUAAUUAUUUGGGUCCUCUCUUUUCCCCUUUUUGAAAAUAGGGACAACAUUUGCCCUCCUCCAGUCUGCCGGGACUUUGCCUGUUCUCCAGGAAUUCUCAAAGAUGACUGCCAGUGGUUCUGAGAUCACAUCUGCCAGUUCUUUUAAUACUCUUGGAUGCAGUUCAUCUGGCCCUGGAGACUUGAAUACAUCUAAACUAGCCAAGUAUUCUUGUACUAUCUCCCUAGUUAUUCUGGGCUGUGUUUCCUCUGCUGAAUCAUUUGCUCCAAAUUCUUCAGGUCGGGCAUUGUUUUCUUUAUCGGAGAAGACUGAGGCAAAGAAGGCAUUGAGGAGUUCAGCCCUUUCUGUGUCCCCUGUUUGCAUUUCACCAUCUUCUCCUCUGAGUGACCCCACUGUUUCUUUGUUCUUCCUUCUGCUACUGAACAUACCCAUAAAAGCCUUUUUGUUGCUUUUAACCUCUCUAGCAAGCCUGAGUUCAUUCUGUGCUUUAGCUUUUCUGACUUUGUGUCUACACGUGCUGGCUAUUUGUUUGAAUUCCUCUUUGGUGGUUUCCCCCCUCUUCCAUUUUUUGUACACAUCCUUUUUUAAUCUUAACUCAGUUAAAAGUUCUUUAGAUAGCCACCCUGGCUUCUUUAGGCACCUUCCAUGUUUCCGUCUCAUUGGUAUUGCCUGAAGUUGUGCUUUUACUAUCUCCUUCUUAACAAACUCCCAGCCAUCAUGAACUCCCUUUCCUUUUAGUAUUACUGUCCAUGGGAUCUCACCCAGCACUUCCCUAAGUUUUAUGAAGUCGGCUUUCUUAAAGUCAAGAAAUUGAGUCCUAGUAUGCUUGGCUGCUCCUUUCCGCUGUAUAGUAAACUUCAGAAGAGCAUGAUCACUCGCGCCUAAUGAUCCUUCCACUUCUACCCCACUAACCAGGUCAUCAACAUUGGUUAGGACCAGAUCUAAAAUGGCUGUUCGUCUUGUUGCUUCUCCCACUUUCUGGACAACGAAGUUGUCUGCAAGGCCAGUGAGGAAUCUGUUUGACCUUAUGCUCUUGGCUGAGUUUGACAUCCAACAAAUAUCCGGGUAAUUGAAGUCCCCAUUACUACUAUCUCCUUCCUUUUGCAUGCUUGGCCAUCUGUUCCAGGAAGGCAUCAUCUAUGUCCUCCGUUUGGCUUGGGGAUCUAUAGUAAACUCCCACAAUGAGGUCACUGUUAUUCUUCUCUCCCUUAAUUUUGACCCAAAUGCUCUCACUUUGGCUUUGAGGUUCUAAAUCUUGGAUCUCUUCACAGGUAUACACAUCCCUGACAUAUAACGCCACUCCUCCUCCUUUCUUGUCUGGUCUGUUUCUCUGAAAUAGAUUGUAUCCCUCCAUUAUUACAUUCCAGUCGUGGGACUUAUCCCACCAGGUUUCAGUGAUGCCUAUUAUGUCAUAUUUAGUUUGCUGUACCAAGAGCUCAAGCUCCUCUUGUUUAUUUCCCAUGCUUUGCGCAUUAGUGUACAGACAUUGAAGUCCAUUAAUCAUUCCCCCGUGCCUCUUAUUUAAGGAUUUUUUCCUCCCACCACUAGGUCUGCGUGCUGUUUGCUCCAUUUGGUCUAUGACAUUUGGAUGAUCAUCUUCAUCAAUUGAUAGACUCCUACCUUCAGGAGCACUGUCUCCCUCCCCCACAUUAGUCAAUUUAAAGCCCUCCUGAUGAGGUUUCUGAGAUUUUUGGCGAAAACAUUCCUCCCAACCGUUGUGAGGUGCAGCCCAUCGCUUGCCAGAAGUCCAUCUUCAAGAAACUGCAGUCCGUGAUCUAAGAAUCCAAACCGUUCCUGUUUACACCAUUUGCGAAGCCAGCUGUUCACUUCCACUAUUUUUCCCUCUCUCCCUGGGCCACGUCGUUCAACUGGGAGGACAGAUGAGAUGACAAUUUGUGCAUUUAAUUGCUUCAAUUUCCUGCCCAGAGCCUCGUAGUCUCUUUUGAUCUUCUGGAGGCUAUUGCUUGCAGUGUCAUUGGUUCCCACAUGAACCAAGAGGAAGGGGUAUUUGUCAGUGGGUUUUAUGAUUCCUUGCAGUUGUUCAGUUACAUCUUGGAUCUUAGCCCCGGGGAGACAGCACACUUCCCGAGACAUCUUGUCAGGCCCACAGAUCACUGCUUCUGUUCCCCUCAGUAGGGAAUCCCCUAUCACCACUACAUGCCUCCUCUUAGGUUUGGUCGGGGUUCUUCCGUGAGCUGUCCGUUCCAAGGUCGCCUGCACAUUCCCUGAGGACUGACUUUGCUGCUCGUCUUCAUAUACCUGAUCGACUGUAAUGAGGUAGAGAUCCUCAAAUGGAGUCUGCUCUUCGUCUUCCAUGCUAGGGGAGAGGACCUCAAAGCGAUUGUGUAUUUCUAAACAAUCAGAGCUAACCCUGGGCCUCCUACUUCUUUGAGUCACGUUUCUCCAUAUAUCUGGCUCCUGUGUUGGUGAACUAGCCUCCUUCUCAGGGGAGUCCCCGUCUCCUCCUUGGUGGAGACAGUGUGCUCUGUUGCUUCCAAGAAGAGCUCCAGCUCUCUAAUUCUUUGGAGCGUAGCUACAUGUUCCUCCAGUUGCUGGACUUUGUCUUCUAAGAGGGCAAUCAACAUGCAAUUGCUGCAGGUAAAGCUGCCUGCAACCUUUGGCAAGAUGGCAAACAUUGCGCAGGAACCGCAGGCGACUGCAGCUUUCCCUCACCCUCCAUCUUGAGAACGUGUCGUUAGGAGUGGCUACAGCGGUCCUCCAUCAUAAAAAGCGUGAAGACAGGACAAAUAACUCCCCCCCCCAAAAAAACCUAGGUCUCCCCCAACAAACAUUUGAGACUAGCUCUAAAAGAUGCUGCCCUGCAAGCUCUGAUAAGCUCCUUCCACAGCUAAUCACCUGCCUCAACAGAAACCCUCCCCCCUCUGACCCUUGCACAGGGAGAGCAGCUAAUCAGCCACAAAGAAACACACACACAAGAAAACCCUUUUUGCUCCUUCUUCAGCUGCUGCCCUGCAAGCUCUGAUCUUGCAUUCUAUUCCACAAGUACUGUCGGCAAGGGUGAGGCUUUAUCAGAAGUGGUAACAUGCUUGCUUAAUUGCAGUUUUCUUUCACUUAAAUGCUUUAACAUUUAGAUUGUAUCAGUUAAGCUGGCAAGGUUUGUGUGGGUUGCUCAUAAAAUCCUUCAUACAUUGUAGUUUGUCAUCAGCCGCAUUAAUGCUUAGGGUGUGGUUGCUCACCCCAUGUUUUGCGCACCCAGCCAGUUUACCCCCUCCCCAGACAACCUUUUGUUCCUUCUUUAUGAUAUCCUCUCUUUGGGGGUUAAAAGAGUUACCGGCAGUAAUAGGCCUAUGCUUCUUCAUACAUAUAAAAGCAGUUUUUGGCACACAAAUAUUUGUGGACAAAGUAAGUAUAGGAGAACAAUUAGGUGUGCAUAGCAAAACAUUCCAAACAUAUUUUCAGGGUGUAGUUUGAUUCCCUGCCCCCCUUGACGAAGAUCUUGCACAAGCUACUCGCCUCAUAGGUUCUUCUAAAGAAAAGAGGACCAAACUUUGAAAGAAUGAGGUUGAGUUCUGUGUUCAUAGAAUCAUAGAAUCAUAGAGUUGGAAGAGACCACAAGGGCCAUCGAGUCCAACCCCCUGCCAAGCAGGAAACACCAUCAGAGCACUCCUAACAUAUGGUUGUCAAGCCUCUGCUUAAAGACCUCCAAAGAAGGAGACUCCACCACACUCCUUGGCAGCAAAUUCCACUGUCAAACAGCUCUUACUGUCAGGAAGUUCUUCCUAAUGUUUAGGUGGAAUCUUCUUUCUUGUAGUUUGGAUCCAUUGCACUGCCUGCAGUAAUUUUUAGAGAGCUAGACAACAUGUGGCGUGUAACUGAGCCACUUCAGAUGCCAAUCUAUUUAUUAUUAUUUAUUUAUUUAUUUAUUUAAUAUACAGUCUUUCAUCCAAAGAUCACAGGGCAGUGCACAACAUAAACAGACAAAACGAAAACACGAAAUGGAUUGCAUAAUAACAAAAGAAAUCACCCCGUAAAAACGCAUUUUAAAGGCCCUAGAUUGCUUAAUCUGCCAAAGGCCAGGUCUUAUAGGAACAUUUUUGUGCAGUGCCUAAAGAUAUGUCAUGAAGGCACCAGGUGAGCCAGAGCCUCCCUGGGGAGAGCAUUCCACAAAUGGGGAGCCGCUGCAGAAAAGGGCCGUUCUCAUGUUGCCACCCUGCAGACCUCUCUCGGAAGGGGGCACAUGAAGAAGGGCCUCACAUGAUGAUUGCAGGGUCUGGGGCAGUUCAUAUGAGGGGAGGCAGUCCUUGAGGUAUUGUGGUCCUAAGCCGUUAAAAGCGCUAUAGGUCAAAACCAGCACUUUGAAUUGGGUCUGAUUGGCAGCCAGUGCAGCUGGGCCAGGAUCAGAGGUCAAGGAAACUUAACAGGGACAUAUUUCCCCAUCUCUCCUCAUGACAGAGGCUAUCAUACAAGCAGUUUCUGUGCCAAAAGCAGGCCAAAACCCUGAUUGAAAUGGAUCCAGAAAAUUGGUUUCCUCCAAGAAGAGGAAUCUAGUUUUCAAACUAAGUACAGUGGUUCCUCAAGUUACAAACGCCUCAGGUUACAAACACUUCAGGUUACAAACUCAGCUAACCUGGAAGAGUUACCUUGAGCUGAGAACUUUGCCCCAGGAUGAGAACGGAAAUUGUGUGCCAGUGGCGCAGCAGCAGCAAGAGGCCCCAUUAGCAAAAGCACGCCUCUAGUUAAGAACAGUUUCAGGUUAAGAACGGACCUCCAGAACAAAUUAAGUUGGUAACUAGAGGUACCACUGUACUUCAGAGUAGUGAAAGUGUCAGUGAGCAUUAUAUUUGGGUUCUGCUGUUAACACUGGAAGGUAAUAACUAAGUGAUAUAGUGGUCUUUCAUAAGCAUAGGAGAAUAAAGUUCAGCAGUGAGCUGAAUUGUGGACAAACACUUUUGGUAUGAAUAAAUUUCACAGAACCAACAUGUUUAUUCCAAAGAUUUCACAAACAUGGCCUUUUCCCUUACCAUUUUGCUCAUUUUGGCUGACUCUGGGUAGCUGCUUUGGCAUACUGUAUUUUUUUUAAAAAAAACAGGAUAUCUGUGCAGUAUAGCCAGCCAGGGAUGCCCUCUUUUACAUGUCUCCCAAAUUUACAGCUCGGGGAAGGGGUUUUGCAGGAUAAUACCGCCCGCCUUUUUGCUAAUUUCCCCACCCCCUUUCAGCUAUAGUAAACUUGAAAUCAUUAGAAAUAACUGAGCAUGUUUCUUCACUUCAGUGAGGGUGUUGUGGAAUAAAUGAUAGAACUCAUUUGUGUUAUACUUUAAAGGUUCUGCAGUUUUCACAAGUAACACAUACAUUUUGUUUUUCUCUAGGCUUAUGGAAUCUUGUUUCUCUCUUUUCCAACCUUUGUUUGUUUGUACUGAUGCCCUUUGCUUUCUUCUUUCUGGAGUCGGAAGGCUUUGCUGGCUUAAAAAAGGUGCGUGGGUAUUCAAUAUAUGUGAAUGUGAUGGUUAAAAUACUGUGAGCAGCCAGCAACGCUAUAUAUACAAAACUAAUGGCCAGCUUUUAGAAUCUAUGCUAAAACAAAUUGAUGUGUGUUAAAUGAUGAUAGUAAUUGGUGUUGGCAAUAAUUAUUUAUAAACCUGAGUAAUAGGAACUUAAAAAUAUAUUAUAGUAGCAACAAAACUCUUGGCUGGUCUGCAUUCAGGCUAGUCCUCUUAAUAUAUUAGGUUUGAUAACCUUGCUAUUACAAUAAAACAAAUAACACAGUACACAAAUAAUAUUUUUGAAGGAGUAUAACAGGUGAGUGAGUGAGAGAUUUAAUGAAGGAAAUUUAUAUCUGAAAUACGUUAUGAAUCUAUGAAAUAUAUUACAGUAAAAUUAUAUAUGAAUUAGCAUUAAUAAUUUAAACACGGUUUAUUAAAUAACAAAAAUAUUCAGUGUUGAAUGUGACUUAACCUGAAUAGUUAACUUUGUGGCAUGCUUGUGAUUGACACAAGGGACUACUACAAAAUAAUGAAGCUUAAGUUUCAGGGCCCAGAAGCGACCUUAGUCCCAUUGCUUUACAAUUUUGGGUCUAGUAGACCCAAAUUGAGUCACGCGACUUAAAUUGAUUAAUUUUUGGUUGUAUAUAUUUCAACAAUCCCAAAGCUUGAGAGUCAGUAGCACAGAUGCUGUAACGGUACAGUGAUCUGUUGUGGAACAACCCCACUGAAGAAAAUAACAGUGGUUACCCAGACAUUGCUGGUUGCAAAUGGUCCUCCAUAACUGUUGAAGCUUCAGGGCCAUAAAAAGACAGGUCCACCAUUGGGCUGACACUUAAAAAAUUGAGUAAUAUUUUGCACCAGGCGCACUGUGACAGCACUCUGGGCCUUCCCUUCAAAACACACUUCAGACACCCCUAUUUACAAGUCCUGGUUGCAAGCUCCCAGAGACUGCAAUCAGCUAAAUAGAACAGCUGCUGACUGCUAACUCCUCCCAUUGUUUGGUAUGGUCUCCUCCUUAGUCUUAGUUUCCUUCUGCAGGUUAUCCUCCACCUCUGCCAUCUGAAUUAACCCUUUCCUCUUCAUGUGGAGUCCCCAUAGAUACAAUCUAGAAGUCUCCUUCGUAUUCCUGUUCAGACAGAUUUAUAUUUUGAAGCCCAGAUAGGACAAAAUGCAUAUGACAGCGUAUGAGCAUGAAAACAGUUCAGAUAUCCCAGUGAUCCUGGAAUCUGCUAGUCAGGCCAUUGGUCGAUCUCGGUCAGUACUGUCAACAUGUCUGACUGCGGCUCUCCAGGUUUUUAGACAGGAGUCUUUCUCACCUGUACCUGGAAAUAACAUGAAUUGAACCUGGGGCCUUCAUCAUGCAAAACAGAUGUUCUACCAUUGUGCUGUCACCCUUCACUGAAUAUCUGAUACCUACAUUGCUUCACAGGUGGUGGUGUAUGAAAAUGUACAUACCAUGCUUGCAGAGGAAUUUUUGUAUCUGUUGUGUGUGUGUGUGUGUGUGUGUGUGUGUGUGUUUAUGAAACUUUCUUACACACACAAUCAUACUCCUCAAUAAAUGAAAUGGAAAUAGGUUUUUCCAAAAUAAUGAAUUUGUUUUUUACUAUAUUAAAAAUGUAAAUAAAUUAGAGAUUUUUUUAAAAAAUCUGUAUAAACAUGCUUCUGGAUAAAUUGAUUAAAUGUAGCGGCCUGAAUAUAAACAAUUAAAACUCUUCGCUUUUUCCUUGUAUCUAUUUACACCUUCCUUUAAAAUGGCAAAUUUCAGGGAGCAAGAUUAGGUGCUCCCAAACCAUUUGUUAAUGGAAGUAGGUGCAAGUUUCUAUGAGAAUGUAAGUGAUGAAGUGAGUGAAUUCUGAACUAUCUGAUUCAAAGCAUGUGAAUUGAUGUUUGAUAUUACUUCAUGGUGAGUAUUUUUAUAGCAUUUGAAAAGCCAUUUAUCCUUCCCCUCAACAAGUCUUGGGGUUCUCCCAUUAGGUAGGACUACAAUCUGUAUCUGAUAUCUGAGGCUUCCACAGAUGUAAUGAUACUAAUCCCCUAAUCAUCAUUAGGGAGCUGGGAUCCAGCUAAGGAAUGUGCAUUUUCUUUAGAAACACAUACUCUCUCCCCUCAGUCCCUGCUUCUUUUGACAUGAUUGUUGUUAUCUCUGUGCUGAUUCUGGAAACAAGUCUUGGAUAGUGUUCACCAUGGCUUUGUCUCUGGACCAUAGCUACACUGCCUUUGUUUAAGGCUGAUGGGAAUAUGUAAUUCUGUUACCUUUUCCUAACCCUAUUAUUACUAUUACUGUUUAUCUGAAGAUGUGUGCAUGCACACGAAAGCUUAUACCCAGAACAAACUUUGUUGGUCUCUAAGGUGCCAUUGGACAUUUUUAAUAUAUAUUUUGACCGCGUCAAACCAACACGGCUACCUUCCUGAACCUAUUACUACAGUUAAGGAAUAGACAGUGUUAAAUUUGCAGUUAUGAAAGAAAGUCUUCUGACUCUUUUUGGGUACCGGCUGAUGGCUUGACAGCUAGAACUUAACCCCCUACCCCAGUGUAAUAUAUUGUAUAAUAAAUUAUGAUAUAUUUUGAUAAUGAAAAGUAGGCCUUAGUAAUGUUUAUAACAACUAGACUAAAAUUUUCUGUUUGUUUAAAAAAGAUAAAUCCUCAUCACUACCACCCUUUGCUGCUUGCAAAUUUAUUGUGAGUUAUUCUGUUCUAAUUGAUGGCAUUCAUUCUCUAUGGCAUAUGGUUUCUCUGGAAGGCUCCCAUUGAUUCCCUUGGGCAAAAGUUGUUUUUUUAAAACCACUUCCAUAUUACACAGAGAUACAGAUACGGAAAUUGGCCACUCACCACGGAUGGAUGCAGUGUUCUGAAAAUCAAACUAAACACGAUUCUCUGUCUAGGGUUUUAAUUAAACCAUUCUGUUAAUUCAGACAGGAUAUUUUAGGCCUAAGGGGAUUAACUCACUGCUUUUUAAAAGGGGCUUAAAUGGCCUUUUCCCUUAGUCCACUGUUACAUUUUUUUAUUGGGUCUGCAGUUUUCUCCAUAUUCUUUAAAUUGUAAAUCUAGAUAGAUCCGUCUUCACUCUGAAAGCUGGUUUUCAGUACUUACAUCCUUGUUAAAUGUCUUGGAGUUCAUUAUUGCCUUGAUAGUAAACAAACAUAAUUGUUUUAGUUACCCAAAUUAUUUCACCUAGGCUUAUUUUUCGAAUCUACUUUUUCACUUAUUCACUCAUUGCGAUACACAAAGCAUUAAAAGCACAUAAGAAAGGCAAUGUAAUUAAUUUCCUAUAUUUUAAUUCUUGAUUUAUAUUUUGCCCAAGGAGAUUUUGUUCAUCUGCUGCUGGACUUUUUCUUGUUGUUAAUAUGCAGCUGGUGCUUCAGCUGGUUUUUUUUGGAAUAAUUUACCUAUCAUGUGAAUUGGCAGCUUCUCUGUGUCAUUGUGUUAGAGCCAAGCUACACUUUCCUAUGUGGAAGGUGUCUUCUGUUUGUGAAAGGACUAUUUUAUGCCAUGCACUUGAGCACUGUGUCAGAAAAAUGUAGCUAAAUCAAGGAUGUUCUUCUGCUUCUGCAAGCAGAAGCAUGAGGAUUGCUAUAGUGCUGUGUGAUGGUAUAAGGAAGCUCUUCUGCAAGCAUUUCCAAAACAGCAAUGGGAGUGUCCUCCUUUCCCCUCAUGGCUCUUUGGAGCUAGUGUGGUGUAGUGGUUAGAAUGUCAGAUUAGGGAGAAUGUCAGACUAGGGAGACAAGGGUUCAAAUCCCCACUUGACCGAGAAGCUCAGCGAGUGACAUUGGGCCAGUCACAGUCUCUCAGCCUAACUUACUUCACAGGAUUGUUGUGAGGAUAAAAUGGAGUGGGGAGAACUAUUACACCACCUUGAGAUAUAAAUGUAAUAGGGGCGCAGGUGGUGCUGUGGUCUAAACCACUGAUCCUCUUGGGCUUGCCAAUUGUAAGGUUGGCAGUUUGAAUCCGCACAUGACAGGGUGAGCUCCCAUGGCUUUGUCCCAGCUCCUGCCAACCUAGCAGUUUGGAAGCAUACCAGCGUGAGUAGAUAAAUAGGUACUGCUGCAGUGGGAAGGUAAAUGGCAUUUCUGUGUGAUCUGGCACUCGUCACGGUGUUCCGUGUGCCAGAAGUGGUUUAGUCAUGCUGGCCACAUGACCUGGAAAAACUGUCUGCGGACAUAGGCCAGCUCUCUCGGUCUGAAGCAAGAUGAGCGCCGUGCCCCAAGGUCAAAUUCAACUGGACUUAACCAUCUAGGGAUCUUUUACCUUUACCUAUAAAUGUAAUAAUACAUACAUGCAUGCAUAAACAAAUCAAAACAAAACAAAACAAAACAAAACAAAACAAAACACCAUUGCCUUCUGAGCCUGUGAUCCAAAGAACUGUGGAAUUAGUUCUUGAUAACAAGGACCUUUCGACAUGUUCUUUUCAAGAUAGCACCCCCCACCCAUGAACACAAAAACUCAUGAGUUUUUAAAACAGUUUGUGACAAGUUUAUCAGCAACAAAAUAUUGCAGUAUAUCUUCUAGAAUACUAUAACUUGUAAGGAGCUUACAAGUGGUCUUCCUCUGAUGUGGCAUUCGGCUGCACAGUUUCGCAUCAGGUGCUUUGAUCACUAGCACUGCAAUUGGGACCCGUCCAGUUGGGAACCAUUGUGGUAUGUCCCAAGCGAGUUAACCCCUUGUCAACUUACAGAAAUGGGAAGAUAGGUGACGAGGGUUUAACUAGGGCCCUCUCUUCUUGGGUGUGCAGUUCAGUUUUCUGUUAAAAAUAUGUGUUCAUUAUUUACUUCUACAUUUUUCUAUGUAUCCUUGUUUUGAUCUGGGGUGGGAGGUAUACAAUUCUGCUUAGAUGUUUUACAGAAGGACACAGUUAACACCUGCUAUAGCUUGGCGAGUCUGAAAAACUGAUCAGAGCGAGCUGACAUCUCAGAAAUCAUUGCUCCUGCCUACAGCAUGUGAUCAGAAUAGAAUAGAAUAGGCUUCCCCCUCUGAAUUAAAAAAAAAAGUUUUAGACUUCUAAGUUGCUUGAAGUUCACCCAAUUAAGCUGAUCUCUCCCUCUUGUUUCUCAGUAACCUCAUUUUGGUUUGAUUGUAUUGCCCUGAGUUUGUUAUUAUAGGGGAUACGGCAUGGGGAUGCAGGUUGUUGGAAAGGAAAGUACCGUAUUUUUUGCUCUAUAAGACUCACUUUUUCCCUCCUGUCCAUCUUAUGGAGCGAAUGCAGGCUGUGCAGCUAUCCCAGAAGCCAGAAAAGCAAGAGGGAUCGCUGCUUUCACUGCGUAACGAUCCCUCUUGCUGUUCUGGCUUCUGAGAUUCAGAAUAUUUUUUUUCUUGUUUUCCUCCUCCAAAAACUAGGUGCAUCUUGUGGUCUGGUGCAUCUUAUAGAGCAAAAAAUACAGUAAUUCUUACAUUUCCAUGUUCCAUGAUAAACCUUUUGCAUUUGCUUAAGGAGCGAUUUGGAUUUCGGCCUAUAUGUUGAAAUCUCAGCUGUCAGUGUAUAUGUAUGUAUUUUAUUAAAUUUCUAUUUUUCCUUUCCUCCCAAAGGAACCCAGGGGAGCAGUGCACACAAUGUGUACAGAAAGGCCAUAAGUUCAAUUUGUGUUUAUUCUCAAUUGAAAGAUAAAUGCUGUUUAUAUGUGUUCAUAACCUAGCUAUAGUGAUGCUUCUUGACAUAUCAUCAAAUGCAUUAUCAUAGCAAGAAGUGCUUCUGAAGGGGCAUCAUUUGUAUUUUACUGAAAUGCGAAAUUUGAAACAUGAAUAAAAAACACACACCAGAGCAUACUUUCACCUUGGGUUUUUGUGUGUGUGGUUUUUUUUUUUGCCCUUGAAGUUAUGGCAUAAAAUUUACCAUGAGCGACAGCAACAUCCUGACCAAUUAUGCAAAGUAUCCAGACAUCUUCAUGUUUGAAACACAGCACAAAAAGUCUGUGGAUUAAGAAGUUAACUCUGAGAACAUCAAAAGAGAGUGCUUGAUAAUAAAAGCAAAUGGUAGAAAAUUUUGAGGUAACUUCCUUGCUUAAUUAAUUAGGUAGGCCAGGUGGAAGUGAAGAGGCCAGUGUUGGUGCUCAGAAUAUCUAUAAAGCUGAGCAACAUGACAGCACAAUAGAGGAGGAACAAAGAUUGUUUUAAUAUACUUCUAUCCUGUGUCACAGUUUGAAAUUGUCCUGGUUUAUGUCCCUUUUGGCAAACUUACAUAAAAGUGACCCUGUACUGUAUUUUAUGACCAGAUGACUUUCCCCCCCUCAGUGGCUAAUUUGUAUCAGGCCCCCAAUGUUAAAGAGACAGAGAAAUGAGUAGGAAGUCUAAGCCAGUAUGUCUCAAGGACGCUUCAUUGCGUUCUUUCAUUAUUUUUGCUCGUUUUUUUGCCACUGAUCAUCCAUAAAUUGUUGGAAAUAAGUGAUUAAGGAAGUGCUGCUUAGUGUUAGUGGCACAUGGAUGUUCUUGGUGAGCCGUUUUUUUUUGUGGGUGAAAGGAAAUCAAGCACUGCGAAAAACAAAAAGGAAGGCUCCUGCUGGGAACCUUUCAAGGAAAUUUAACUUGCAUAAUGUUUUGAUCUUGGUGUUUGUUACAAAAAAUAGAGCAAUAUUUCACCAGCUGUUGUGUGUCAAGUAGUAACCCCAUCACCACUUCCACCUCUCCCUCUCUAGCAUAGAACAGUUGUAAUAAGAAAACUGUUUAAAAAUAAAACAGGCUUAGCCUUAUUUUUUGUAGAGAUAUGAGUGAGAGACCACUGCCCAAAAGACUUUAUUUAUGACAGCUCAGUGCUUCAAGUUAUGUUAAGCAUUUCUGUAGUUCUUCAAAAUCGUUUCCUAAAUUUUCAGCAGUGAGAAACAAUUUGCAACAAGAGACUGCAUGGCACUGUACUGAUAAUACGCAGGGGGAAAAAAUCUAUAAAACUUCAGUUAAAUAAUUUACACCUUUGUGGUGAUUUUAGGUCCUAUAUGUUUUUUAAACAGAAAAAAAGCAAAUUAGUGCUGGCUAUUUAACAUAGAUGACUGAUACGUUGUGACUUCUUAGUUCAGAGGAUCAUUCCUGAUAGAUUUUGGAGUUCAUAAACUACGUUAUUUGAAAUUUCAGCAUUGCCAAGAAUAGUAGGUUUAGAAAUUGAUGGAGCAGCUUUACAUACAGGUUUAAUGUUUGAUUUUUUUGGCAGAGAAUCUUAUUUGGCAUCAUCUUUGAAUAUUGUUUAGUACAAAUGCUUUAGAUCUUGGCUUUCUUGCCAGGUAUCUUAACAGACUUUUACAUGUUUUAAGAAGUAAGUGCAGAAUUAUCUUAACUGUGAUGGAAUAUUUGUAGUGCAUCACUUAGCGGAUUUGUUGUUAAAAACAUUUUGUUCCUCUAAAAAAAUUCUGGAAUAACUUUAAUCCCUUUUAUUUCUUGGUAAUACUAUUAAAGACGAGGGCAGCUCUACACUGGGGAAUCAUCUCUUGAUUAAACUCUUGCCUUUUUCCCAAACAGAGUUUUCUGUAUAGCUUCCCAGAAAAAUUGUUAAUGAGAAGAGAGUUCCUUUAUAUGACAGAAGCCCACUCUAUGCCUGCUUAAAUAUCUGAAGUUUGGGAUAAGCACAAGCUACUGUGAAUAUUGGCUUUCCAAACAGAAUAAUGGAAUGUGGUUAGAAGGGUGUGUUUAUUUGGCAUUUACUCUCAUAUUUAUUUGUCUAUAAAAAUAAUUCAUCACAGACUGAAAUUAUAGCGCUCUGAUCUCAGCGAAAUGUUUACUGGUAUGCAGCUGAAUUGUGCUGCACUAUAUUACACCCCAUUUACUUUUUCAUUACCAGAACUAGAAGCAAAAGUUGUUUAACCAGUGACAUCAAAGGCUAUCCAAUGUUUUGACAUGUGCUAAAAUCUUAAGUUAAUAUUUUAUCUAAAAUUCAUUUAAAACAUACCGUAUUUUUCGCCCUAUAGGACGCACUUUUUCCCCUCCAAAAAUGAAGGGGAAAUGUGUGUGCAUUCUAUGGGGCGAAUGCAGGCUUUCGCUGAAGCCUGGAGAGCGAGAGGGGUCGGUGCGCACUGACCCCUCUCACUCUCCAGGCUUCAGGAAGCUCUGUGCAACCCUUGGGAGACCGGUGCGACUUCGUGCCGGUCUCCCAAGGGUUGUGCAGAGCUGCCUGCAUCCGGAAGCCUGGGGCGCGCUGAAGAGCGCGCCCAGGCUUCGAGCAGCUCUCUGCAACCCUAGGGAGCCCGGCGCGUCUUCCCGCCGGGCUCCCUAGGUUUGCGGAAAGCAGCCUGUUCUGGGGUCGGGGAGUUUUUUCUUUAUUCCCCCCCCCAAAAAACUAGGUGCGUCCUAUGGGCCGGUGCGCCCUAUGGGGCGAAAAAUACGGUACUACUAUAGAUGUUUUGUUUAAAGUGGCAUCCUCGCUGGCUUAGGGCUUUCUUUGCAAAUAGUGGCUAAGGCAAUUAUUAAACAUAAAUUUGAAAAUCCUCGAACUAUAAAAGCCACAAUAUAGGACAUUUGAUACUAUGGUUGCUAAUUAAAACUGCAGCAGCAUCGGUGACUUCAGGGUGACUUCAGUACAGAUGAUGGGCAAGUAAUUUGGGCCAGGUCUACACCAUGCAACAACCCUGCCCAUUCCUUUGCUGACAAGAAUAAAUUAUAUGAAACAAACGAAUUUACCUAUUUUUGCCUCAUUCAUUUUUGCCUCAUUUUUUAUUUUUUUAAAGUCCUGGAGUGGUAUUGGAAUGCUAAAUUAUUGUGCUAGCAUUAGAAAAGAAUAUUUUUAUCAAUAUUUUCUUCCUAAGUACAUCUCCUAGAAAAAGAAUUAAUCAGGUGCAAAAAGUUCUGGUUGGGUCUGUUUCAUGGGUGUUUCUCAGAUUUGCCAGUUGCAUAGAGGGCAGUGCCAAUAAAAAGUAAUGUUAACAUACAUUGCAAGAGGCCAAGAUGUUCUGCCAGAAUUGUGUGUUAAAUCCUGAUUUCCAUAGAAACAUGUCAGCUUAUUGUUCAGGCCCCUCCUCUACUUUUUUAAAAGGGAUAUAACUGUUUUAACUUCAUUGAUAAUUUAGUGUACUUGAACUCCUGCAAUGCUGAUUCAGUUUGUUGAAAUAGACAGCUUAAGUUUAAGAUCUUUGAAAAUUUUAAUUGACCUUAAUAAUCAGUUUGAAUUUUGUCACCUAAUAAGGUUUAAGGUUUUGGUAUUGAGCUAUAAAGCCUUAAACAGUUUGGGGCCAGGAUACCAGAAGGAGCUUGCUCUCCCUGUUUUUCAAUGCAAUCCUAUGGUAUUUAAAAAACACCUAUCUUUGCUAAUGCUUGUCAUAAUAUCUCUUCCCUAGUUUUUAUUUGCAUUUUCUUCUUGAAUUUUAAAAUUUUGAUAAUUGUUCUACUACACCACUUCAAUACUUGAUGUGAAAGGUGGUAUCAAAAUAUUUUAAAAUAAAUAUUCAUGCAAAUAUAUUAUUUUAAAAUGACCCUUAGUCUAGUAUUCUUAUUUGAUGUUUUGCUUCCUUUAAUAUAUGUAUAUAUUACUGCUGAUAGCACUUUGGGGCAAGCAUUGUAGGAUGUGUAGGUUUCCACCAGCCUACCAAGUUCAUUUAUUUUUAAUGAACGAGAGACAACAAUUUUUGUUAGACACUAUGAGGCUUCUGUAUGUCAUCCAUCCAUGCAUCUUUUACCCCGAGUAUAUUCAAAAAUUGUGUUGCUCCCCUUCCAUUUAGGUCUGCUAACUCUGAUUCAAGUUUCUUGACUCUCAUGUCCCAAUAGUGAAUAAUUGUAACAACAAAGGCAGCUUCUGUGAUUUUCACUAAUUUAAUGAGGACACUAGCUACAAAUGCAUAUUAAUGUAAGCCUCAAGCAUGACUGCAGAAAGCUCCAAAUCUAGUAUACCAACCUAACAAGUCAGGCUUUUCUCACAAUUAAAAGAAAUUUUAUCUGUAGUCUAAUACACACAGUCUUGACAAGACUUGAUAUUUUUUCAUUUGAUUCUGAGUCAAUAAUACUUAAUAUUUGUUAGCCAAUCCAUAUAAUUGUAUGUGUGUGGUAGCCUGGUGUGUUUUCUGCUUCUACAUAUUCCUGGAAUUUUCCAAAAGUACAAAAAUCUGAAAAUUUUAAGUCAAAAGUUUGAUUCAGAGUCAACAGGGAACUGUCAUCAGAAAACAUAUACUUCAUGAAUGGAGAGAAACUACCCUCUAGGUAUAAGUUGUAAACACACUUAUUGAGGCAUGUCUUAAUGUGUUUCAAUUGACAUAAUAGUAAUCCUCUUUAAUACAGAUUUAUUAGGGGAGGAGAGAGGGCUUCUUUCUUAGUAAUUAUGCUUUGUGGCUUCCUAGUCUCUCAUUGCUUCAAGACUGUAAAGUCAGCUGCCAUUCAUACAUGAGCUGAAAAGUUACUUUACAGGCAUAUUCUGCUUUUUAGAAGAAUUACCGUAUUUUUCGCCCCAUAGGACGCACCGCCCCAUAGGACGCACCUAAUUUUUUUGGGGGGGGAAAUAAAGAAAAAAAAAUUCCCUCCCCAGGCACGGGGCAGGCGCGGGGGAAGCCCGAGCUUCCCCCGACCCCAGCCCCCAGAACAGCCUGCUAUCCGCAAGCCUAGGGAACCGAGCCGGUCUCCCCAGGCUUGUGGAGAGGUGCGCGAAGCCCGGGUGCGCUCUUCAGUGCGCACCAGGCUUCGGAAUGCAGUCAGCUCUGCGCUACUCUCCGGAGCCCCGCGCGGCUUCGCGCCGGGAUCGGGAGGGUGGCGCGGAGCUGCAGGAAGCCCUGGAGCGCAGGCAGCUCUGCGCCACCCUCCGGAGCCCCGCGCGGCGCGGAGCUGCAAGAAGCCCUGGAGCGCAGGCAGCUCCGCGCUACCCUCCGGAGCCCCGCACGGCUUCGCGCCGGGAUCCGGAGGGUGGCGCGGAGCUGCAAGAAGCCCUGGAGCGCAGGCAGCUCCGCGUUACCCUCCGGAGCCCCCGCGAGGCUUCGCGCCGGGAUCCGGAGGGUGGCGCGGAGCUGCAAGAAGCCCUGGAGCUCAGGCAGCUCCGCGCUACCCUCCGGAGCCCCGCGCGGCUUCGCACCGGGAUCCGGAGGGUGGCGUGGAGCUGCAAGAAGCCCUGGAGCACAGGCAGCUCCGCGCUACCCUCCGGAGCCCCGCGCGGCUUCGCGCCGGGAUCCGGAGGGUGGCGCGGAGCUGCAGGAAGCCCGGGAAAGCCUGCAUUCGCUCCAUAGGACGCACACACAUUUCCCCUUCAUUUUUGGAGGGGAAAAAGUGCGUCCUAUAGAGCGAAAAAUACGGUAAUUAUCAGGUCCUUUAUGCGCCUCUGCAGGAUGGCUGUAAUUGUGAAAAGAAAUGAGAUAGACAUAGGGAAAUUGGAUUUGGAAGUAUAGAAGGAUUUUUGAAGUGCUUUUAUGAAAAUGAAGCUAAGCUUUUAAAACUUGCAACCUUCUCUUGCUGAAUUGAAAGUAGCCCUCUGGCAUUGCUGGAACUUUAAAGUGAGGAUCUGGGUGUCUGGCCCAGGAGAAACUGGUGUGUGUUGGGCCAUGUUUAUAUCAAACCCAGCCAUCUCCAAUAACCUACAUGUGAAGGAACUGGUAUUACAUCUCAAGUAUGUGUAGUGCUGUGCUCUUGAGGGUGUUCACAUUGCAAGGAACAGAGCAGAAACCAUUAUGGUGGAAGACUGUAAAUGGAUUGGCACAUUGUACUUGAGCAAACUAAUGCCGGCUGGAUUACAUACCAUACUUGGUUUUCCAUUCUCUUGACUGGAACUGUAGAUAACAUUUGACCAAUAUCCUUUCUCAGCUGAGUGACUUAAUAAAAGCAGUUUGUCAUUUGAAAAUGCUCCUGUGAAAAUAUUAAGAUUUAUGGAAUAAAAUUGUUAAAGACUGUGAUGCCAGUUAGUAACUGUAAACUCUUGUCUGUGGCUUUAAAAGAAGAAAGUCUAGUUUAGGCUCUCAAAAGUCACUUAUGGAAGGAAAUAUAUGGUGAUCAGCUGUGUGUGGGUCAAUAUAUAUUUGUGUGUGUUUUAACUGCAAGUUAUUUUUUGUUACAGGGGAUCAAAGCACGCAUUUUGGAAACCCUUGUUAUGCUCAUUCUUCUUGCACUGCUUAUCCUUGGAAUCGUUUGGGUGGCUUCAGCUCUCAUAGACAAUGAUGCUGCGAGUAUGGAGUCAUUGUAUGGUACGGACAUCUUUAUAACAUAUUCUGUUGUUUUCAAAACAUUGAUAUGAAUAACUUGCAGUUCUAGGUUCUAACCACUGCGGCGAACAGAAGGUAUGGGGAGUUGCAUUUCUCUGCUCAGCAAGAGUCUUAAUCGAGGCUAAGGCAACUUGACAAAUAUAUGCAUUCAUAGGAUAGAUUUGUCCAUGUCUUCAGUCAGCCACUGUUAAAGUGUUAAAGUAAAUGUUUGUGGUCCAAAAAUUUGUAAGCGUAGUAGUAUAAUUGUUUACGAAGACAGCAGCAGAAUGAUUGCACGGUGAUCGGCAUACUUUUUUCCCAUGUUAUUGCCCAAAUGAGACAAAAUAGUGUACAAGCUGAAUCCAUUUUACCUUUUUUAUUUUCAGAUCUUUGGGAAUUCUACCUCCCUUAUUUAUAUUCCUGUAUAUCACUGAUGGGAUGUUUAUUACUUCUACGUAAGUCUUGCAGUAUAUACCAGAAGAGGAAGUAAUGCAUAUGUAAUUAUUUUUGACGUUUUAGUAUCAACGCCUUUAUCCUUUCACCCUGGCUAUUGGUUUUUGACUAGUAUUAACAACAUUUGUUUAUAAAUGCGCUCACUAGUUGUGAAAACUUCAGUGCUGGAAAAACCAUAUCUUGGCAUUCAUAACAGCUCCUUUUCGUAUGUAAAAAAAAUGUAAAGACUUGUUUCUUAUAUCCCUCUGUUUUGAGUUUUGUCCAUUAUACAGAAGGGAAAUUGGAGACCGCAUAUUUGAGAGCUAGCAAGGUGUCAUGAAAAGUUACAAUUGUAGUCUGCAGCGUAUGAACAAGAGGAGACAGCAUGCUUGCCAGUUGCCUGAACCUGAGCAACAAAUAAACAUCUCAGGACAAAGCUGCGUACAGCAGCUUGGGUGCCCCCAGUGAGAUAUAGAGAAACAGAGGAGCCUGCCUUAUGCCAGGUCAAACUUCACCAAGCUCAGAAUGGUCUGCUCUGGGCCAGUGUGGUGUAGUGGUUAAGAGCAGUGGACUCGUAAUCUGGUGAACCAGGUUCGAUUCCCCGCUCCUCCACAUGCAGAUGCUGGGUGAACUUGGGCUAGUCACACUUCUCUCUGAAGUCUCUCAGCCCCACUCACCUCACAGAGUGUUUGUUGUGGGGGAGGAAGGGAAAAGGAGAUUGUUAGCCACUUUGAGACUCCUUAGGGUAAUGAUAAAGUGGGAUAUCAAAUCCAAACUCUUUUCUUCUUCUUCUUCUUGACUGGCAACAGCUUUUCAGGUCUCAGACAGCGAUCUUUCACACCAUCUAUAUGGCUUUAAAAGGGGGUUAGACAGAUUCAUAGAAGACAAGUCCCUCAGUGGCUUUUAGCCAUGACAGAGGCCGUGCUCUGCCUCCACGGAUGGUGCUCAGGUCCUCCUUACAGGUUUCCCGUAGGCAUCUUGACCACUGUAAGAACAGGAUACUGGACUACAUGGGCCAUUGGUCUGAUUCAGCAGCCUCCUCUUAUGAUGUUAUGCUACCUGAUAUACUUUUGGCUGGAGAUGCUGGGGUUUGAAGCCAGGCCUUCUGCAUGGCAAAGCAUAUGCUCUGCCGCUGAGCUCUGUUACUAUCCCACUAUAUGCUCAGAGUGUAGAAGCAUCUGUUAAAAGGGGAGGGAUAUUUAUUUACUUAUCUGCUAAGUAUAUUUAUGUAGUCACUUUGUGACAUUGUUGUCUGGGCAACUUGCAGCAUAGAAAUACAAGCUUACAAACUGUAUCUAAUUUAACUUUUUACUUGAACAAUAAAACUUCUACAAGAUACUCCCAGGAACUUCAUUAUUGGUGGCAGAAUAUUGACCAGUAACAGGGUGGAGGUAGUUUCUCAUAAAUUGGACAAAACAACUCAUCUUUGAAUCAUUCUCAGUUUUAAAUUUCAGUGAUAUGAGAAUAAGACAGAAUAAUAAAAUGGAAAAAGGAAAUGGAUUUGGCCGUAAUUCAGACAAGUGUAAAGCUAACUCCAUACCCUUACUAGAGUUUCUGACUUGCUUGAAAACAGCCAAUACCUAUCCUGCAUUGCAACAAAUUAUGAAACUAUUGGGCAGAAUGGAGCUUCUCUUGCUAACUACAAUUGUCCGUUCCCUAUAUUAAUUCUUUCAGAUUCUGUUUAAUGGAGUCUAGAACUGUGUUAUCUUUCGUUUUCCUCCACAGUAUGCACACCAGUGGGACUUUCACGAAUGUUUACAGUGAUGGGUCAGUUGCUUGUAAAGCCAACGGUAGGUGUUGCCUGCUUUGAUGGAAUAAGCAAAUCCAAACAGGUCCCAGGCAUGGGGGUGGGUGGGUUAAGAUCAAGUAGGAGCCUGGUCUGGCCAGGCUGUAACCCCAUUACCAUGAGGGGAUAAUGAGGCUAAAUUGUAAUCAAAUAAACCCAUAUGCUCUAUAUUUUGUUCAGUCAUAAAAUACUUAACUAGGCCCCGAUAAACCGGAGGAAACAUCUAAAUGUCUGUUUCACACAUAUCCUACAGAUAUUUCAGAGACAUUUCCACCUGAAAAUAAAUAUUCCAAGUCCACUUGGAAAAGAGUGUGAAGUAUCAUCACUUACCUUACUAAAGGAUAUUUGCAACAAACAACAGCAGUUAGUUUUCAGUGAAGUGUGUAUAGCCCUCCAUACUUUUUGCACACUGCCAGGCUCUCUGUCAGACACUGAAAUAAGUGUAAGCAAGCUUGCACUCAUCAAAAACUGCGGUUAUGGCACCUGGCUAUUUUGUCGGUCAAGGGAUCUAAUGAGAAAUUGAUUUUUUUUGGAAAACAAUCUAUGAUUUUGCAAAGAAAAAGUGCAGAAAGAUAAAACUGUGAAAUGAAUCGAUUUAUUCGUAAAACGUUUGCUGCUGUGUUGGUACAAUAUGAUAAAAAAAGCAAAACAUUACUCCCUUUGUUAGGACCAUUUUUUUUACAAAAUAGUCAGCAAGCUUUGUAGAACUUUCAUUGAGGCUGGAAUUUGUGUUCUAACAAAAUAGCAGAAAUGAGGAGUGUUUGGGGGCAUGGCAGAGAAACCUCAGUGCGCACCAUGGUGCAAUUUCAGAAAGGUAUACAAUUUAAUUUCAGAAUUAGAAAAAUUUCUUUUAUGAUAACAUGAAAUUGUAUGUAUGGGAUCAUGGCAAGUGUGUGGAGAAGGCACAUGUAACGGGCCCAAAAAUAUGGUGCUUGGGACCUGAAUCCCAAACUAGAAAGUAGCUUUACCUAAAAAGUCUGUGUUUGACCAAGUUCUGUUAGAAUCACAGAUUCAUAGAAUCAUAGAAUUAGAAGGGACCUUGAGGGUCAUCCAGUCCAACCCCAACAAUGCAGGGAUCCUUUGCUCAAUUUGGGGCUCGGAGCCACAACCCUGAGAUUAAGAUUCUCAUGUGCUACUGACUGAGCUAUCCCAGGCCAGGUGACUUAAACUGUAAUACCUUUCUAGAAAAAAUAUUAGGUCUGAACAAACUUGAAAGUUUUUGUUUCAUAGUCUUUGUUAUAGGAAAAUGCUUUUAUGUUGUAACCUGGGUCCUACAUAUAAAUAAAUCUGUACCUGCAUAUUUUCAGAAUUGCGGUCUUGACCUGUGUCAUCAACUGAACGUUUUUUUAACAAACCUUCCCCAUAUGUAGACAACAUGAAGAAUUUUUCUCGGAUCAAUUCUAUAUGCACAAAUUUAAAAUUAUCUAUUGUGUUUGGGAACCAAGAGAAAAACCUAGGAGAAUGUCAGAAGCAUUGUUUUAAAAAUAAACGUUGCCAUUUUGGUCAGCUGAGGGCCAGUUCACACUUGGCCCAGUGGUAUAGGUUGUCCUCAUGCCUAGGCUCCUAUUCCCUCUAGGUUUUGCACAUGGUGAAUUGUGUAUGGACUACCUGUAAUGCAUAUUUAUCUAGUGUCUAAAUUUCUGACUUAGAUCCUUGAAGACUUGGAUGAACAGAUAUAUAUCAUCACCUUAGAAGAAGAAGCUAUCAUGAGGAGGCUAAAUGGUAGGUAUGUUUGAUACUUGCGGUGGUUCUUCUUGUAUCUGGUUGUAUAAAGAGGCAAUAUUUUGACAUUUCUACAGAAAUGAUAAGCGUUACAAGCUGCCACAUUUCUUUUCGAUAAAAACCUGCCUUUGCUUAAGGACAGGAAGCGCUCUGAACGGAUUGUGGUGCAGGCAGCCAUUUUAAGUAAAGGCAGAACCAAGAAUAUAUUUCCUUGUAUGCCUCCUUGUAUGCCUCAUUCUGGAAGUUGCUGCAGCCAAGCUGGUGCCAAACGCACUCUGCUUUCCUUUGGACCACAUCAGCGAGGCCAAGAGAGGGGGGUCUUGUCAUCUGGGCAGCCCAGGACCCCCAUACACACGUCCCAGGCUUGCACCCUGGAGAGGUCACUUUGGUGCUGCUAAUGCAGCGAUUUGACUUCAGAACCACUGGAGGCACACUCCCUUGCCUCUCAAAACAGAUGGAUGCCAACCAUUUCUUUACAUGCUAUGCAGAAAACGUUACAGGAAACUCACAGAAAGGAAUACCAUAUUGUCCUUUUCCAUCAGAGGGUAUGCACAUGCUGCUGGAUUGUGGCCCAAGUGUUUGUGUACUGUUCUGGCAGUAUAGAAAUGAAGGUCAUAAGAAGAAAAAAAACAAGAAACAAAAAUAGGAUGACAAUUUCAAUGAAGUGACAUUGUUUUGAGGGUGAUCUGGCUGUGACGUCUGUCACUCCAUUGGUCGCCAAGGUGAUUGGGCCCUUCCUCCCUCACUGCUCCAUGGGCAUCCUUCCUGAAGCUGCAAGUUCGGUGGAAGAGGAUGACUAUCUCAGAUUAGAAUGAAUGCACCGUUCUUCGGCCAAAGGCAUAUGAUAGCUGUGCUGCCCUUCUAGAACCUCCAAAUGAGCUCAAGGGCAUUGCAUGUCAUAAUUUAACCAUAGAGAAUCGUUUUAUUUGUAUAAGCAUCUAAAAUACAGAGAAUUAUAGUUGGAAUUUCAAAGACUACCUUGAGAUUUUUAGAGCAGAGCAUCUGUUUCAUUGAACAGGUUUACAUGUUACCUUUAGCACAAAUGUCAGUGAAUUUCUUUGAAACUACAGUGGAGUAAUUAUUUUUCCCCCAACUACCAAGUGUGAUGUUAUGAUGGAACUGCACAAUAAUUGUUGCUGUGUAUUUCAUUAUUGUUUCCUUGGUGUUCAUGGAAUGGUCAUGGUUCCCUCCCCCCUUUCUUUCCUUAAGAGAAAUCGUGUUUUGACACAAUCGGUUUUGAAUUCUGUCCUUUCAGGGAAUCAGAUGGGAAGACUAAAACAUGCAUUUCAGUUGCUUAGAUGUUUUACUGUAUAGCUGAGAAGCUUUGGAAUACGUGUAGUUACUAGAGUCACAUUCCCUUUAGUUUGACUAUUUUCAACUUUUUGUGGACAGAUGGGCCUGCUACAAAACAUUGCAGUGCUGAGUGCUCCUGAUCAGGGGGUCAGCUAGUUAGUCAACCGUUGAGAAGGACCAUAGCUUGGUGGUGAAGCGUCUGCUCCACACGUAGAAAGUCCCUGGUGUCCCGGGAUACCAGACUGGUAUCUCCAGGUAGGACUGCCUGAAACUGGAGAGUUGCCACCAGUCAGUCUAAACAGUAAUGAGCUGGAUGGACCAAUUGUCUCAUUGGGUAGAAUAAAGCUUCGUAUGCUUCCUGCACUUCACCCAGCAAUUGCUGGAGAUACUGCCCCUAUGACUAAUCAGGACUUUGCGGGGAAGGGAAGUUAACCCUUUCUCCCAUGCCAGUCCUGAUGAAAAUCCCCUCUCCCUGAAGAAUUCCAAAGAACAGCUUUGGACUAGGAAGCUGCAGUUCCUGUUAUCCUCAGUUGCAACAGUGUAGGAUCAGAGGUGUUGGAACUGCAACCACAAAACAGGAAAUGUUUUCCUCGGUUUUUUGAAUAGGCUAGUUGGUUUGUGUGUUAUAAAUUCCCUGGGCUAAACAUGGAACCUUUUCAGAAUCUUCCUUUGUCUGUGGGGCAGUCAACUCAGUGGUGCUGUGGACCUUCGCUUGUCCCACUAAUCUGUCCAAGAAAAACAAACACACCUGUUGAAGAACUGUGUCUUUGUAUGCUAGUGAGAACUAACAAAUACUGAACAAGGAAGUAUUGAACACCUGUUUGCAAGUGUGGACACACAUAUAACAGAUGUUAAUCACAUUUUUGGCAGAAACUCAGGUACUAGCAUAAUGAAGGACUAUGGAAUCUGCUUCUAAUCCUGGAAAGAAUGAGAAACUUUGGUAGCUAUAAUCUUCAUAAUUUCCUAGACGGUGGGAUCUGAAUCAGUAAUAUUUUUACUUCGGUUCUGGCUUAGCAGAAUGCUUCUAGGAAUCAAACUGAAAAAACUUAAAUUAUUAUUAAUCUCGUGUUUUUUAAAAAUGCCUUUUUAAGAUCAUGCCAAUCAUUAAAAAUGCUUAUAAUUUAUAAAAUGUGAAUUUUAUAUAACUUUAUUUUCCCCAUAUGCUUUUUUUUUUGGUGGUGAGGAAAUCAUCCCCGCAAUGGAUGAUCUGCCUAAACUUUCUUGUUGCGAAAGAGACUGGGUUGGCAGCAGUGUUUCUAGCAUAUUGUAUUUCAAUGCCCACAUCAUUCCUACACCAAAAGAAUAAAGCUAGGACUUUCUUUAUAUUAAAAGGGAAAAGUUGCCUUUAGCUAUUAGUUUUCCUGAAUCCAAGGAGACGGGUGGGGCAGGAUCAAAAAUGCUUAUUUGAUCAAAGUUAUUGGCUCUGAAGGUAUUCUGACCUAUGUAAGAAAGAUGAAAGGUGUUGUUUUUAUUGCGUACUAGUAACAGUGUAAUUUUGAACUAAUUGGUGUUGAACUGCCAAUCACCUACAGGGAAUGCAAAUAGAUACUCCUACAAUUUCCUUUGAGGUACUGAAAUAUUAUGUUGGGGCUGGAAGAAAAACAAAAUAAUACUGUUAAAUUGACCUUAAAUGAGCUGCUUUGUGGUUUUCUUGGAGAAUCCCUUCUAAUUUUUCAUGACUAGUCUGGACAUGUUCUGUCUACCAGUUUGAUUUAUUGGCUAGACAAUGCAGACAUUAAACUUUUGUGCUUGUUUGAAAUGAAGUUGAGAGGCUGUAGUGCUUUGAAUAGUUUGUGCUGUCUCUCAGAGUUCUGAUGUGAUUGCUCUAAAAUGUUGCCUUGCUCUUUGGCAAAAUAUUGGGAUUAGUGUUGCCUUGUUAUCAUCUCGGAGGAAGUUGUAAGACCUGUCAUUUAUGCGUCAGUGUAAAUAUUAAAGAUUUGAUGUAUUUCCCAUUAACACUGAUGUGAAAAUUACUGCAGAUGCAACGAGAUUUGGUGAGCAUCCAAACACCUGUAUUGACAAAUAAAGCUUCCUUUAUACAGGGUAGCCCAUUAUUUAGCUCAUUCUUCUCUGCUGCAAGGGGCAGCUGCUCUUUGAGGACUUUCCUAGCUGUGCUGUUAUCCUCAUUACUGGUGAUGCCAGAGGUUGAACCUGGAACCCCAUGCAUACAAACAUUAUGCUCCACCUGUGAUCUAUGGUUCUGUUCCUGAUGUAAAAUGGUUAAAGAGGUGUUUGCCUUUUUCCAUGUGGAAGCAGAGGGCAAUUUAUAUUUUUGCAGAUGGUCCACUGCAGGAAAGGUGCAUCCUGGUUUCUGCAAAGAAAGGAAGGGCAAUGGAAAUGCCAAGGACUAGAAAAGAAGAAAAAAGCAGGAAAGAGGAAGGAAAACAGCAACUCUUUAGGAUCCCAGGGAUUCCGAUAGUCUGGGAUUCAAACAACUCAUCAGUCACAGUUCUGAUUUAACUCAUUGGCUAAAAACAUCGCUGGCAGCAGUCGGUGUGAGUCUUCUCACAGAAAUCAUUUAGAAGGUUGCUUGCACAUUUUGCUUCAUAACUUUACUGCUUGGAGGGCUAGCAGCUUCAGCUCAUAGUCUUGGGCCCCUAUUGGCAUGGGCCCUGGCACAAUUGCUUCUAUUGCACCGUUAUAAUCCAGCCAGGUUUGUUUUAGUAGUCCUAACCAAGUGGCCAUGUCUUUCUUCUUGAACAGGGAUGUCUUCACCAGUGGAGUACAACACAAAGCAGCUGAAACAGGAACUAAGUAAUGUGAAGAGUAUGAAGACAAAAUUGGGUAAUUACAUCGGGCCUUUUCUGUGGUUCCCUGUGUCUGUUAGUUCAGUUUAAAACUGUUUCUGGGUGGUGUUAGAAAUGUGUGUGCUUAUCAUAUCAGGUGUUAUUACCAAGACGAUCUCUUGUGUAAAUAGGUUUUGUUAACAUCACACUUCAUGGCGGGAAACCCUGCAGUCCUGUAAAUGGGUUUUGAUUUAUUUAUGCCCUGUCUUUUUCCCUGAUGGGACUCAGUAAAUAUGUACUUAAUAGCUUUUAGUUGUUUUUAAAAAUUAAGUAUCCCAAAUGAUGAUGGAUGGAUAUAGUCACACAAGAUAAGGAAAUAAGAGCCCUACUGGAUGAGACCAAAGACCUGUGUAGUUCAGCACCCCAAUUCCCAUAGAUGCCUCUAGGGAAACCCACAAAUAGGUCAUGAGUGCAGUAGCCCUUUCCUACUGCUGUACUUAACCAACUGGUCUUCAGAUGUAUUCUGUUUCUGGUCCUGGAUCCAUCAUAAGCCUUAUCCUCCCAUUCAUUCGUCUAAGCACUUUUUAUAGCCACCUGAGUUGGUGAGAAUUGCCACACCUUGUAACAAAUUCCAUGGGUUGACUACGCUUUUGGAAAAUUAUAUUAAAAGAGGAAAUAAAACACAUAUACAUUCUUCUGUCAAUGGGAUGUUAGCUCUUUUUGAUAAGCUUUUUGCAUGUGAUGUAAUCUGCAUUAAAAAGGGUACCAUUGCAGACUCCAUACAGGGAGCCAAAUGUUUGAAUGUUCCAAGUGCUUCCUCAUAUGUGAAGCCAGAUUGUUGGGGAAAACAUUCCAGAAAGAUGGGUAGGUGGUUGAUGUCCCCAAAAUGAAUCCUUCCAAUACUUUGUCUGGUCAUGGUUAGGGACAAUUUAAUAGUACGCGGAGCAAUGUGUGUGCCACUUAUUGCCUGGCAGGGCAAUAUAAAUGACCUAGAAAUUGCUCUUGAGACCAGAGGUAGGCAAGGAAGUUGUCCUUGGAAUUCCACAGUAGUCUUGCUUACAAUAUUAAUCGGGGCUGCUUUUAGUUAAGUGUGGUGGAUCUGUAUCUUAGAGAACUUCUACUUUCAGAAUAGGAAAAGAUGUUUGUCUCUAAACACCUUAAUAUAGCAAGUUGGCUUAUUUUUCUCUUAAAAGAACGACGGAAAAAGGCUUCAGCUUGGGAGAGGAAUCUUGUGUAUCCAGCUGUAAUGAUCCUGCUGCUAAUUGAAACUGUAAGCUGUAAUUUCCUUCCAUUGCUUAAAACCCAUCUGUCCUUUUGAGAUUAGUGAUCUUUUUCAUGUACGUGUGUGAGCUGAGUAACAAAAAUAAUAAGGAGCUGUUUUUGUCUUCCUAAGCCAGUGGUUCUCAAACUUUUUUCUCUGGGCCUGGGCCACACUUCCAGAAUAAAAAUUUGCUUGUGCCACACCAAUUUUUUUAUUGAUAAGAAGUACAUUGGAAAACAAAAAGAAAAAACUUCUAUUUGUGCUUGAUUUAUAACAUAGAACACAACUACUUUAUAAUAUGAUUGUGGGACAUCCAGAGAGUAUAAAACAAUUAUAUUGAUGUGAUAUGAUACUAUACUACACUGAAAUGUUUAAAUGUUUCUUGGAUUGUCCUUGAAUCUUCCUGCCACACUUGCCACCCUCUCCUGCCACACCAGUGUGGCAGGCCACACCCUGUGGGAACCACUGCCCUGAGCCAUUAGCACUCAGUUUACUUCUCCAGUACAGAGGCAGAUUCCUCAGAAAUGGUAAUCAGUGUGAAAUAGAGCAAAUAUUUUUGAACCUUCAUGACUUGAUGUUUCUUUUUCUUUUUAAGGCAAUCUCUGUCCUCUUGGUUGCUUGCAACAUUCUUUGCCUGCUGGUUGAUGAAACUGCAAUGCCAAAGGGGUCAAGGGUAAAGUGUUCUUCUUUUGUGAUAUUAACACCAGCAAAAGGCACAUUGACAGCACAAUCUAAUGCAUGCCUACUUGGAAAAGUCCCAUUGAAUUCAGUGGGCUUCAGGAAAAUGGGUAUAGAAAUGCAGACCUGUGUUCAGAAGUAUGAAUUCUGUCCCUGACUUUAAGUUUAAUAGCAGUCACACAACUUCAAGUUUUCAUAUUGUGAAGUGUGCUUCGCACAUUGUUUGGCAUGUGGAACAUAUCUAAAUAGAAUAAAAGGAACAAUCUCAAUAAUCAGUGUCAGAAGCAGCAGCAUAUGUGUACAGGUUAAUAAUGCACAGAGCUGUUUGUUUGUCACCAUUAACACCACCGCUAGUGGGGAAAGCAGUUUAAAGUGGCAUGUAUCUAAAGCAACAGGGAUCACAUCAGCAGCAAGACUGAACAAAGCUCCAGUUGUGUAUAGUCACCCUUCUUUAUAUAUAUCUUAGUUAUAUUGUGACUUUUCUGUGUUACUCUAGUUACACAUGGAGCAUGAUUUAGAAAGAGUUGCAUUUGCUGUUGAGACUGCAGUAGCCAGUAAGGCAAGCUGCUUUACAAUUGCCCUGGUUUCCCUUUAUUUGCGCCAAAUUAUUUGUGCAUUUCAAUAUUUGUUCUGAAUGUGCACACUGGCAUUCUAACAUAGCUCAUCUGGAUGGAAAAUAAUUACGUUUUGAAAUGUCUGGCUCAUGUUUUCAGCCUUGAUAGUGUGCGACUAUUAAUGGCUAGGGAUUAGCUUAGUAAGAAGAUUAUCAGAAAACGAUGCUUCAUAACUCUUCAUUUUUAGUACUUCUGUCCAAUGCACUUGAGAUUUUAUGGGCAGAAAAAUAAUAGUGCUCUCUGUGUAAUACUUUUGUUUCUUAAAUCUUGCAGGGGCCUGGCAUAGGAAAUGCCUCUCUGUCCACGUUUGGUUUUGUGGGAGCAGCACUCGAGAUCAUUUUGAUUUUGUAUCCUUUCUCUCAGUAGGCGUUCUUGUCUGUUAACAAGUAUUCUGUCUAAUUUUCUGGGACGCUGUUAAUUUACUAAGACACUUGCCUAGAAGAGAGAAAAUGACAGGCCGUCCAUUCCCAUGCACUCAAAAGUGGUUAUUUCUCUCUCUCUCUCUUUCUCUCUCUGCCCCCCUUCCCUUUGUGGCGCUUAAGUCUUCUAGGAGUCUGAAACCGGCAUUCUUUAGUGGUUCUUUUAUUCCUUGAUUCUCACAGCUAUCUAAUGGUCUCUUCGGUUGUUGGCUUCUAUAGCUUACGUUUUUUUGGAGAUUUCACUCCCAGAAAGGAUGACACAACGAUGACAAAGGUAGGUUAAAAAGUCUGAGGUGGUGAUGUCUCCUUCCUCUUGCUUGCCCAUUUCUUCCACCCAAGGCAAACCUGACUCCCACAGAUGGUAAUUGCUCUGAAUGGCUCAUUUGUGGUGAUUAGUGCUUGUAAGUUGCGUAAACAGACUAGAAGAUUUUUUUUCAGGCCCUGAAUGGUCUUGAGGGGGAGGGGGAGGAAGGAAAAGCCUUGUCCUGUUUAGUUUGGAUGGCGUCCAUUCACUUGUAAAGUGCUGGAAUGGCCAAGCUUGUUAACUAGCCAUAGAAAAUCUCUUGAAGGGUUCCCUCCCCUCCUUGUAUUGCUAAUGAGUAACUUUGUGCAAACUGUACUUUAGGAGCUUCUUUGAAAUGCAAAGAAUUUGGUUGCUACAAGUAAUGCAGGCAAAUUAAUUCAAAUUGAAUAACUAAAUCGGAAGUAGUUUUAUUCAGCGACACUUUUUAUUCUGAGGCUACUUUGACUUUUCCAGAACUUUAUAGUGGCUUUAGAACUAGUGCUGUGGUGUACACAUUAAAAAGUCAUUCCCACAAACAGAUCAAAAUGAUUUAAACUGAAAACCUACUGGCUAUUAACUUCUGAAUUUUUGAGAUCCCCUUUCUCCUUCCUUUUUUGUAUUCAAAGAAUUGGAGAAGGGGGAAAUAUUUGCUUUCAUCUUGCAAGCAAUUCUUGAAAGUGGGAAAGUAAACAACUAUAGAUGAUCCUUGAUUAAAAAUGUUGAGGAAUCCCAAUAUAUAUGCUCAGCCCCUUCACAUACAGCAUGUUAGAAAAAUGCUCAUCACAUAUUUAUGUAAUCCAUGAUUAAUGUGUGAGUGUCAGAUUCAACUACCCACUGCAUAAACGGAAGCCAGUGCAAGGACUCCCUCUAGUGCAGUGGGGCUUCUCCCCUCCUUCCCCCUGUGACUCCCUCAAAUCUGCUCUGGAGACUCAGGAGACUCCAAGAACAGUGCGAAGGAGAAGGGAGAUGAUUCUGUUGGGCAAGGAGAAAUAUUUGCAUUGAUGGAACAGUCUCCUGGAUGCUGUGUUGAAUUACCCCCUAAAUCUUGAACAUGUAAGCAAGUGUUUAUAGAAGUGGCCUUAAAUGCCAUAAACUAUACAGUGAUUUGUAUACCUGUAGUGUUCUUUCAGCCCCCCGGCUUCAGCACACAGAAGGAUGCCCAUUACGGUUUCAUCUCGUGAUCUGCAGUGGUUCUUACUAGCAAAGAACCCAAAGAUUCCUUUGGGACCAAAAACAGCAGCAAGUCCAGCCUGCUGCUCAUUUCAACACAGAGACCAAAUGCCGUUCUGGAUGCACAGAGGCUGGAAUCUCUGUAUCUGGGAAGCCAACAUAACAUUCACUGUUAUGUUAAAAAGCAUCUGUGGCAGAAAUAGGGGCUUAGUAUGCUUUCUUUGUGCUUGUAUGAUACAGUAUAUGCCAAUAUCUAAAGUCCCUGUGGUCUAUAUAAAAUGUUUUAGAGGAGACUUGAGCAAUAUUUGAGAAAUGCCGAGGAAACAUUAACCUUAGAGAUGGGCAGACUUUAAAAUCAAAUUAGAAGAACCUGGGGUGUGUUUUCAGUGCCUUACUUGGUAGACUUAGAGCUCAUUAAUCAUAUUGAAAUACCUUUUUUUUGUUUUGUUCAAACAGAUAAUUGGGAACUGCGUUUCGAUCUUAGUCCUCAGUUCAGCUUUGCCAGUUAUGUCAAGGACACUGGGUAAGUCUUAUUUCUGUUUUUUAGAGAACUCUUUAUUGAGGUGUAUAUAGUUGUCAUUGCCUACAGAUCAGUAAAUGGUUUCAGUCAUAUUUUCAGGAAAGAAAAUCUAGGUACAACUUGAGUGUCUUAUGAAACAGCUUUCUGAACAUACUUUGCUGGAGCUCUUAAGCCAGUGCAGACUCUGAUCAUUCUUCCCAUGUCAGCGCCAUACUUUGAGCAUUACUGCUGGGGUUCCAGAAACACAAGCAGCAAUGCCUAAGUUUCCUUGUAAGCCUGUGGCUUGGGUGGUAGGCCCUAAAGGGACAGAGUUAAGAGGAAGGACCCUGGGAAAAGUCAGCAUAUAUUUGCUUAGUAGCACACCCUUGCCUUCUGUGUAGUGUAAGGAGGAAAUAUAGACAGUAAGAAUCUUAUACCGACAAACCUUGGGAUUUGUGUGUGUCGAUGUGUGCACAGACUUUAUGGCCUGAUUUCAAGCAAAUUGUCCUCCAAGUGUGGCUAGCAAAGACUAAAAAUAAACCAAAGCAUAAAUAUUAGCAGUAAAAGGACAGGACAGCAAAAGCCUAAAACACAGCUGUAGUCUAAAUUUCACAGAGCUCAGUGGUAGUUUCCCACCAGCACCUGAAAUCUGCCUCUGUGACAGGAAUGGAGCAACUGAUUCAAAGUGCCCCAGUUCUGAAGCUGAGUAGCCUGCCCUUGAUUGAUGGUAUCAAAAGCUGCUGAGAGGUCUAGCAGUAUUAACAAGGCCAUACCCCUGUGUCCUUCAGGCGUCAGGGCAACCAAGCUAGUUUCAGUGCUAAAACUAGUCCUGAAGUCAAAUGGAAUGUAGACCAUCAGGUUUGUCCAAGAAUGCAGUCAUGCAGUUUGGAGGCCAGUGUAGGACAAUGGAUAGGUCUGAGGUUGGUUGUGGAAAAUCUAGAUUCAGGUUUCUUCAUAGCCACAAACCUCAGUGAGGUGGUCUUGUUGAAAAGCCACACAGACUGCUUCAUAACACAAAUGACCUUGUCAUUGCGAUAAGAAGAAAACAGCUGCAGCCACAGGGAACAAAACUAAUAUACUUGGGCUAUUACAAUAGGCUGUACAUUGUGCUGCCUUUUGCAGACAGUCUGGAAAUUGCAAGUAGUUCAGGUUACAGCUGCAAGGCUAACUGGGGUGGGUGGUGGGAUCAUAGUCCCCUUUGCUAGACUGGCCUCAGUGGUCCUCCGUCUUCUUUCUGAGCUCAGUUCAAAGUCUUGGUGCCCUUUAAAGCCCUUCAUGGCUGCAGUGCAGUGACAGAAGCUAUCAUUUGUGAGCUUCCGCUCCGGAUUUCCUGGCCUUCUGAGGUGUGGUUUAUAACAGGACAAGAGCACUUUAGUUGUGGGACCACACUGCCCUCGUUUUGGAAUAUCCUCCAGGAGACUUGCCUGGCACCAUAUUGUUCUUUUAAUGUUUAGAUUCUGAGGUUUCUGAAGACCAUUUCAGAAGUGCAGGAUACAAAUAAGACCUCUAUAAAUAGUUAGCAUAUAUGAGCUUUUCCGUCAUAACUACUGAUGAUACUCACUUGCUAGACAAGUAGAGAAAACGAGGGAAACCAAAGGAAAGUAGCAUCAACAACCUAGAAAGAGCUACUUGAGGAACUCUCAAAUGUUUGAUCAUGCCUCAAGGCAUAUUUUCCCUUUAAUGGAGCAAGCCCCCUGUGCUAUUCCACAUACAGCUUUUGAAAGUCUCAUCAGUUUAUCAAUUUUUCUUAACUUUUAGUACACAAUCAUUUAAAUAAUGAAGUGAGUAAUUGCAGCCAUUAGGUGUUUCAGCCUUAAAAAAUGUGAGGGGUAAAAAUAGGUCUGUAAUCUUUUGCUGCUGAGGCUUUCUAGGGGGGUGGGAAACCUUAUAUUCAUUGUCAACUGGCAUGAAGAUGACCUUCUUAUAGAAAAUAUAAUCAGGGAAAAAAUGAGUGUGCGCACAUGCACACAAGAGGAUGUGUCAUUGCUGCUACACAAAAAGCAAAUUAAAGGCAAGACUUCGUAGUUCCCUGCUGAGGGACACAAAUGAAAUUCCUAUAUUGUUUGCCAUAGAGAUAAAAGGAAGGCUAAAACUGCAAAGAUGAACAGUUAAAACACAGCUAACAAAAUGCACAUACACAGCUGUCCAAACAGGAUUAGUGGAGUGCAUUAGGGUACAGUGAGUCAUGUGGUGCUUUGCAGAAUCUCAAAACGCACCACAUUGGAUGCUGUGAAGCUUUUCAUAGUAUGAGUAAAGCAGGCUUCUGGGUGAUAAAAUGAGGAGGGCUCUUGUCAUAAUGGGAAUGGCAAAUGGGAAAGUAAAAUUAUCUGUAUUAGAACAUUCAGUGACUUUCAUCCCACCAUCAACCUAACAAUGAACCAAUCUAUGCAAGAAAUACAUUUUCUGGACACUUCUAUAAAAAUACAGGAUGGGUACAUAGACACCACCUUAUACCGAAAACCAACUGACCAACAAACAUAUCUACAUAAUUCCAGUUACCAUCCCAAACAAUUAAUUGUAUAUAGCCAGGCUCUACGUUACAGCCGCAUCUGUUCCAACUCUACAGACAUGGAUUGUCACCUAAGAGAUCUACAGCAAACCUUUUUGGAACUAAAAUAUCUGCCUGAUGAAGUUAAACAACAGAUCAACAAAGCCAGACUGAUACCCAGAGAGAACUUGCUGCAAGGCAGACCCAAAAGAGAAAAUAACAGAACACCACUAGUAAUGACAUACAGCUCCCAAGUUAAAACAGUUCAAGAUUUACAACCUCUCCUAGACAAUGACAGUUCUCUUUCUCUCUGGGAGGAAGACCUUUCCUUGCCUACAGACAGCCACCCAGUCUUAAACAAUUCCUCACCCACAAUAACACAGCAACCAGACUUUACAUGGACACUGGUACCAGAACCUGGAAUAAACCCAGAUGCCAAAUUUGCUGCCACAUACACCCAGACAACACCAUCACUGGACCCAGCAACAUCAAACAUACCAUCUCAGGCCUAUUUAAUUGCUCAUCUUCUAACAUUGUGUAAGCUAUCAAAUGCCAGCAGUGCCCUUCAGCUCUCUAUAUUGGACAAACGGGCCAAACCCUACACCAAAGGAUAAAUGGACAUAAAUCUGACAUCAGGAAUCACAAGACAGAGAAGCCACUAGGAGAACACUUCAAUCUCCCAGGACAUUCAAUACAGGAUCUCGAAGCAGCUGUCUUAUUACAAAAGAAUUUCAGAAACAGACUUGAAAGAGAAAUUGCUGAUUUACAACUUAUUACUAAACUAUGGAGAGACCUGGUCUGAAUAGAGAUAUUGGAUUCUUGUCUCAUUACAUAUGCUAAAGCUAUUUUUGGUCAUCUGCAUCCUAUCCCUUGCUUUUUCCUGUAGGACUAAUUGCAGUCGUAAACAGUCAACAGAUUUAUCAUACCCAUUGAGCCAAUCACCCAUAUCCUACUACCCUUCUGAGAAAAACCGCACCCUCCCUCCCACUAUAUAUAAGGGUCUGGUGACUUCUGUUUCAGUGUAUCUGAAGAAGUGUGCAUGCACACGAAAGCUUAUACCAGAACAAACGUAGUUGGUCUCUAAGGUGCUACUGGACAAUUUUUUAAUUUAUUUCGAUUAAAGUACUUGGCGGUCAUUUUUCAAUCUUAGAUAUCACCCUCAUUCGCUUUUCUGAAUUAUGUCACAUUCUCUCCCCCCUGCAGGUAUUACCAGGUUUGAUCUCCUUGGAGACUUUGGAAGGUUUAACUGGUUAGGAAAUUUCUACAUCGUGCUAUCCUACAAUAUCCUCUUUGCCAUUGUGACAACCCUGUGUCUGGUUAGAAAGUUCACCUCUGCAGUUAGAGAGGAGCUUCUCAAAGCAUUAGGUAACAUUUGUUCUCUUUCGUUUGAUAGCCAUAUUGUGCAUAAUUUGAAUUUAAUUUAAUUUGAAUUCUAGAGUUAUAGGGAGAGUAAUUUGCCUGGUGUGGGUUUCCAGCUUCCGUCAUGUGGUAUAAAAAGACAUACGUGGUGAGUGGUUCUGUGUUGAGUUCACCUAGUUUAUUCCUUUUAAGAAAACUAUUUGUUUGCUUUUAUCCCAUCUUUCUGUCAAGUGGUGUCAAGACAACUUAUAAUGAAGCAAAAGUAAAAAUAAAAACAACUAGAACAACUAGUUGAACCAAUUGUUUUGCAUACUUAAGUGUCCAUAGCAAGCCAGCUUAUGAAGCCAAAAGCCUGUUUGAAUAAAAGCUUUAUCUACCAUCAGAAUGUUAUAAUAAUAAUAAUAAUAAUUUAUAAAAAUAAUAAAAUUAUUAUUAUAUUAGUUGUGAUCUGCAAAACCCUACACAAUUUGAGACCAAGUAGUUCUCAUGAUUUAACAGCCAGUACUUUUGAAUUUUCCCUGGGAGCAGACUGGUACCAAGUGAAGCUCUUGUAAUAUGGGAGUUGCAUGCCACCUACAGCUUGCCUUGUUCAAUAGCCUGGCUGCAAUAUUCUGAAGCAGUAGAACUUUCACUGUUCAGUCAGCGUCAUGAACAGCACAUCACAGUAGUUCAUAUAAGAUGUAACUAAGGAAUGUGUUGACACAAUCAAAUCCACUAACACUGAGAGUGGGCACAGGAUAUUUCUUAUCAGGUUUUGACAUGCCAAUUGGUUUGCUUUGGAUAAUGAUGCAAAAGCUGGAAAGCUUUGAGGUGGAAAUUAAGGAAUUGCAACAUUAGAAGACCACCAGAGACUCAUGGACAGAGAUGUUUUGAGCAGAUGAAUGUUCUGUUCUGUUGUGCUUUUCAAACUGCAUGAUGUAGUUUAUUGUUCUACAGUUUUUGAGGCUUAUUUUGUUACUUGAAAAUUUAGUAAUAAUGAAAUUGCAGAUGUAUGAAUUCAACUUCACAUUAGAAAUCAAUAGACAAAGCCAUGUAGAAUGUUCAGUAUUUGUUGUGUGAAAGUGAGAUGUGAUGGAAAGCUCACAUACAGCUCCCCUCCCCCUCUGUCAUGACUGAUAGAAUUUAAAUUUGUAUAAUGAUGCCAUGACAUUCUGCUUCUCCCAUCAGCAACCAAAUAUUUAGACCUGGGGAGAGGAAAUGCCAUAUUUUUCGCUCUAUAAGACGCACCAGGCCACAAGACACACCUAGUUUUUGGAGGAGGAGAACAAGAAAAAAAAUAUUCUGAAUCCCAGAAGCCAGAACAGCAAGAGGGAUCGCUGCGCAGUGAAAGCAGCAAUCCCUCUUGCUGUUCUGGCUUCUGGGAUAGCUGCGCAGCCUGCAUUCACUCCAUAAGACGCACACACAUUUCCCCUUACUUUUUAGGAGGGAAAAAGUGAGUCUUAUAGAGCAAAAAAUACGGUACCUCCUAUUAUGACUUUACAGUGUUUGCAAGGGGCAGUUAAGUUGCACAGAUGCUGUUCUUGUGCCAUUUAUAAUCCUGUCUAGUUUCUCAUGUUCUCAGAUAAGGUCUCCACAGACAAAAAUCUUCAAUUUAUUUAUGUACUGGAACGAAGCCUAAUGUGAUUUUGAAAACACCUAUACUUGUCAGAAGUGAAAAAGAAAUUUAAAUGUACUAUCUUUUGAAAUGUUUUGCAGGUUUAGACAAGCUUCACCUCUCACACAAUGCAAGAGACUCUGAGGCUGCAAAGCCAUCUGUAAACGGGCACCAGAAAACACUGUGAAAAGCAGGUGGUGGAACCGAGCCCUUUUGACUUCAUGACAUUCCUGUCACUUCAUAGCACUUGUUUUUGUAUUGCUUUUUCUUGUUUGUAUAUUGGGUCCAAGUUGAUAACAAAAAAAAAAAUGCACCCAAGAAAGCUGGGUGUAUCAGACUGUACUCUCUUCUUGCUCAGAUUGAUCCAUGUUCAAUUACUGUGUCAGAAUUACUGGCGCAGAAUUGUCUUGAAACCUGGAAGCGGAAAAGAAAACUCCAUUCGUCUUUGGAUACACCUCCAUAUUGAUCUAUCAACAUAUUAGGCCAAGAAUCUCCCGAGCAUAAACCUUUUGCUGAAGAAUUAGGCUGGGUGUCUGAGAUGAGCCUUGCUAGUUGAAAAUGGCAAAUCCUUUACUAGAGUUGCUGCUUUUUCAGUAAAAUUGCAUUAUGAAAACGGACAACUUAUAGAGAAUAUGGUAAGAUCCAGGAUCAGUACAUUCAUUGCCCGUCUGAUGAGUUUCCACGGUCAUUGUGUCUUAAGAUACCAGCAGUUCCUGGUUCUACAUAACAAAGUGGCCUACAGUUAUCACUAAAGGUAACUUCCACUGAGACUCAUGAAUUACACAAUAACGUAACCCUAGGUUGCAGUGUUAAAUUGUAAUUUCACAGACCUCUGAUUGUUGUGUACAUAAUCAUGCAUUUUAGGGCAACCACACAACUCCAUUAAAUGCACAGAGAAUUCUGUUCAUUCCCUUCUGUGUAAUGUGUCGCCUUAUAUGCAUAAGCAGUGAGAAAAGGAUACAAUAGCACACAACUUCCACAAGUGUUAAAACAAUUAUCCCACUCUAGAUGCCCUGGGUUAAGUGUGCAGUGCAUUCUAGUUCAUUAGAAUAGACCAUUUUUUCAUUAUUUCCUUUGUUGAUCUAUCUUUUUAAAAACAUGGAGUAAUCAGGUAGCAGAUUAUAAACUCCAGUUUUUUAAAUAUGAAAAUAUAGAUUCCAAUUAAGGCAUGCAAUUUUCAUUGAUAUUGUUACACUUUAGCAAAUCUUGUGUGUAACAUAUGAAUCUGAAGGAAGUUAGCAUACAUACUGUGAGUAGAGGUAGGUAGAUUGUAAAGGCUAGCAUGACAUUUUAUGAAACUUUGCUGAAGGUUUGUAGUUCUUGGAUGAUGAAGUGACACUGGCCAUUCAUAGAUGAGCACAUUUUAUAAGUUAGAUCCCAUAAGGUUAACUGGAUCUUCACAACUUUAAUGUUUUACCUCACUUUGAAAAUAUCAGUAUUAUAUUAAUCUCAUUAAGUCCAAAACUGGGUUUUGAUGUGUUGUACAAUGUUGAAAUAAUUCUGCAAAUUAUCCUGCUUUUUAAAAAAGUUCAGAAUGUUACUAGAUUCAUUGGGGCUCACAAGCACUUUCUACACUGUUUGAAAUCAGUGUAGAGUUCCUGGAUAAUAGACACUAUUCUAAGUUUCAUAUGAUUUCUUAUGAAAAUUAAUCUUGCAUUAAAUUUUGGAAGGUAGCAUUUAUAGUAAAUACAUUAUAGAAUCUUUUCUAAUAUUGUCAGUGGAAAUGACAAAUAGAACAGAUGCAGGACGGAACUUAUUUUCAUAAAAAUGUUUCUGGGAACUGGAAUAAAUUGUAAACUGGGGGCUUUUUGCCACAGUGGAAGAUGUAGAGAAAUCGACUCACUCAGUGACAUUGUUAGGGUAAUCAGAUUAAGCCAGGAUAUGCACAAGUGCUGUGCACAACAUACAGCACCCUGUACAUAAGUGGGGAAAGAAGCCAGGAAGCUGUAGUUAUGAUUUAACUAUAACUUCACAUCACAUGCAAAUGGGAAAAUGGCUUCUGAACAAACCAGCCAACUUGUGGAUAAGCUCGUUUGGAAGCUGUUAAGCAAGGGAAGUGGCAGUGAACUUCUACUUCCUGACUUGUUUUUCCAUUCACAUUCACAGCAUUUGAUUAUCUGAACCAGGCCCAAGAGUUUAGAUAUUGAGACCUUGUAUCUCAAUUUGAAAUGGUAGUAAUUGGUUUUAGGAUUUUUAGUGUGCUUGGCACCUCCACUCAACACCACAUUGAAACAUAAUCGUUCAUGUCAUAAUAGUAAUAUGCCUACAGAAAAAAAAAUAAGUGGAUUCUGUAUUGUAAAGGUACAUCAACAGUAUGCUUAUUACUAUAGCUACUGCAGUCAACAUAUAGAUGGAUCGAACUGAAUUUGAAAGUAUUUGUGAUUCUGUGGCUAUCAUGCUUUGGACAAAGUUCAUACCAAAUUACUGAGAAUUUUAAUCCAUGUUCUUCAUAGGUAGAGAGUUGACUUAGACAAAUUUGCAAAUUAAACAUCAAAGACAAUAAAUGCAGAUGGCAUGAGGAAUCUUCCGUAAGUACCUUAAUAAACUUGGGUUAGUUCACCUGUAAGUGCUCUACUGUACAGCCCCAUUCAAAUCAGGAGCUGUGCAAGAGGAAAUGCUUCCCUGAAAAUUUUGCCUUUGGUUAUCCUGGGGUGGUUUGCAUUAAUGGUACAUGGUAUGAAACCUGCCCCCAUCCCCAAAAGUCAUUUGAUUAGUGAAGGCUCCAUCUCAAUUCUUGUAAUUUCUUAGGAUCAGGUGUGCAACUUAUCCUAUGUACUGGUUUGCAUCUCAAUCAGGGGUGGGGUACUUUCUUUCCCUCUCAAGGGCCACAUUUGGGACAAUAUUUGUGGUGCUAAAUAGGCCAGUGAUGGGUAGGACCUCUUCCUCCCCUUCCAUUCCCCGCCCCUUCCCAGCCACGUGCAUGAAAUUAGGCCAAAGUCUAAACUGCCCUCUGUAAAGUUUUAAUGCCUUUGGCAGGAAAAUAGGAGGGACCUAUCUAGUAAAGUGACCAGUGCCACUGCAGCAAAUCAUUGUUUCCUGGUGAUACAAUAAUAAUACAGGCCAUCUCACCCUGUGAAAUUGAAGUAUAACCUGGCUAUUGCUGCCUCCCACUUCCAAACUUACACAAAAAUCCACAAUGCACCACCCUGGAGAUGCAUGUGAAAUAAGAGUCACUAGAAGGGGGACAGAUUCAGCACUCCCCCCCCAUUAUAAAUAUAUGUGGUGGUCUCCUGUUCCUUGACUUUGUCCAUGUGAAAUUGUUAAAAUUGUCAUUUUAUCCCUCAGUUGAAAAUUAUUUUACAGAUGAAGUUCUACUUUCAAAUAUAGUGAUAAAAAUUACACAUAAAUACUUAAAGUUAUAAAGGCUUAAAUGUGUUUAAGUAGAUGGUAUUAGUAAUUCUUUGAUGGAUACUAGUAAUGUAUUCCUAGUGGUUUGACUUGUGUAGUCAAGUGUUUUGUACCUUUUUUUAAGGUACAAAAACCUCUACUUCAGUCAUAAACCAUCUGCCUCGUUAUGAGGCUAAAGCACAAAUAUGCUUUUCUUGUAUGAGCUAGAUGUAUAUCAAAUCAGACCAAAAAUGUAUGCAAGUUAAGUGUCUUAAGUGCGCCAUUGUUUGGCUUUCUCCUCCACUGGUACACUGUGUUAACACAGCGUGACCGAAUUGUUGUUGCAAAGUCUGAGCACAUCUUUACUCUCUAGCUUUUUAAGCGAAUGUCAAGCAGACAUAGAGGGGUUAUUUAGAAGUUGGCUUCACUAGGACACUUUGUUUACAGAUUGUAAUGUGACGUUUACCUUCACCUCUUUCUCCAAUCUCUUUUACACAGUUGCCUGUUUUACAGUGUCAAUUAAAGGAUUUGACAAUAUGUUCUUCUACAGUUUACUUGGUUCAGAGGUGUUUCAUUCAGCUCAAGCUUCAUAAUGGUGCACCUUGUCUUCUGUUCACUUAAAACACUUUGACAUUGUGUACAGCCUGGUAUUGAGAACAUCUCACAGAUGUUCUGCCUCUGCACUGAGAUUUUUCUGUUCUCCUCUUAGGGAGCUUGUGAACUUUCUUCAGAAGAAAUGGGGAGUGGGUAGCAAUGUAUGUAUUUGUUUGUAUGUAUGGGUGAAGUUUAUGGACAAUAAGAUACGCCACCUUUACAGAUCUUUGGGGUGUACCAUUAAUGUGCCCAGGAACACUUUUUAAAUAGAGGAUGGAUGAAAGCACAUCCAGGUAGGGGAAGACAUACAUCCCAUGAUUUGAAAGCUGACCACAAGCAGAAUCUUGAAGAAAGCUCUGGAAGACUAGGAGUGCUGGCUCCUCUCCUCACUCCUGUACAAUACCUUUUUGAUGCAUAGUAUAAGGAGGUGCUGGGUGGCGCUGUGGGUUAAACCACAGAGCCUAGGACUUGCCGAUCAGAAGGUCGGCGGUUCAAAUCCCUGUGACGGGGUGAGCUCCCGUUGCUCGGUCCCUGCUCCUGCCAACCUAGCAGUUCGAAAGCAUGUCAAAGUGCAAGUAGAUAAAUAGGUACCGCUCCGGCGGGAAGGUAAACGGCGUUUCCGUGCACUGCUCUGGUUCGCCAGAAGCGGCUUAGUCAUGCUGGCCACAUGACCCAGAAGCUGUACGCCGGCUCCCUCGGCCAAUAAAGCGAGAUGAGCACCGCAACCCCCGAGUCAUCCAUGACUGGACCUAAUGGUCAGGGGUCCCUUUACCCUUUACCUAUAAGGAGCUAAAACCAGUGUAUUCCUACUUAGUUCCUUUCUGACUAACCUCUUGUGUAAAGAGGUUCCUUCUUGAGUAGUCAGAAAGGAA